AUGGCAUUUUCCAGUGAAAGGCAAGUUAAACCACAACAGUGUUUAUUUUUUGGGUUUCAAGGGUCACAAGAUCACAGCCUCUGCCGAAAAUCCUCCGUAGCAAAGUCUGCUUAUUUAAUGAAGAGCUCUCUAAUGAUCGUUCCAAUCCAAUAUAGAAUCUGGCAGAUAAAACCUGGACUCCCACCAACAUGUAAUUUAACUUCAUCAAGCCGGGAGACAUGAUUGAGAGAGUGUGCCUAAGAACCGACUCUGAAGGGCACUUCAUAAUUGCAGUGCUAAUGGAAAUACUCCAUCAGUACUAAUUUAUUUCACAUAUCUAGAGAGUCUCCAAAAUAAGUGAAAUGACUUCGCGGCAAAUAUCAGUUCUGAAGGUCACACUGUUUUAAAUCCUCUUAACUUACUCGCAAUGUGGGAGAAAAGGGCAGCUGCUGCUAUCACUCACAACAUCUGUGCAAAUCCUGCUCCGACAUAAUUUGUAGAUAGCCAAUUUACAGAUGGUAUGAUCUGGACUGGCCACAGUUCUUUCAGAGAUCAAAUUCCCAGCUGCAAAGUGUAGCCAGUGUCACAUUGAUGCCAUUUUUAUAGCCAAGAUGUAGCAAUCACCUCUCAACAGAAUGGCCGCAGCUCAGUGGUAGAACAUCUGCUUUGGCAUGUAUAAUGUCCCUGGCUCAGUCUCCAAUAUCUUCAGAUAAGGCUGGAAGUGUCUCAGUGUCUGAAACCCUGGAGAGUCAUCGCUAUUCAUCAUAGACAAUGCUGAGCUGGAUGGACCAAUGGUUUGAGAAAGAGGUAGCCUCCAGGUGUUGUUGACUACAACUCCCAUCAGCCCUAGACAAGAUGGUCAGGGAUGAUGAGAGUUGUAGUCCAACAUCUGGAGGGUACCACACUGGCUACCCUUGAAGGCUGCAAUCUCUGUUUACCAGCAAGCCCCAAGCCCCCAUUUGUUCUUCGACUGCCACAUGCUGUCUAUGAAGCUUCCCUGAUGGCUAACCAGAAGCCACAGCUGAAGUGCAGAGGCAGAAGCUCCACAUCUGUGCUGACUCUCUGUCCCCUUUCUGGCAUAAUUGAAGGUGUUGAUUUUUACAUAUAAAUUCUACCUAAAAAAUGCAUGCCAUAUUACGUAGAAGAGACUACUAUUUCCUCUAGAAGGACAGGGGAGGACAUUCUGGGGAUGGUGUUGUGCUGUAAAUCAAAGACAGCAGAGCAUCAAACAAGAAAUCUCAGAAGGGGCAGGACUCCUGCACAGAAUAACCACAGGUGACAAUACCAGGCACCAAAAGUAAUUUAGUACAGGGCAAAUUCAGGGAGGAUACUAGACUGAUGGCUAUACAGUGGUACCUCGGGUUACAUAUGCUUCAGGUUACAGACUCCGCUAACCCAUAAUUAUUACCUCGGGUUAAGAACUUUGCUUCAGCAUGAGAACAGAAAUCGUGCUCCGGCGGCGCGGCGGCAGCAGGAGGCCCCAUUAGCUAAAGUGGUGCUUCAGGUUAAGAACAGUUUCAGGUUAAGAACGGACCUCCAGAAUGAAUUAAGUACUUAACCAGAGGUACCACUGUAUACUGUAAUAGUACCUCUGGUUGCGAACAGGAUCCAUUCUGGAGCCCCGUUCACAACAUGAGCAGAACGCAACCUGCGCCUGCGGGUCACAAUUCACCGCUUCUACGCAUGCGCAUGACAUCAUGUUGAGCAUCUGCGCAUGUGCAAGCGGCAAAACCCGGAAGUAACCCUUUCCGGUACUUCCGGGUCGCCACAGGACGCAACCUGAAAAUGCUCAACCUGAAGCAAACACAACACGAAGUAUGACUGUAUUACCUCCAUGUCACAACCCAUUGCUAGUGAUAGUGGUUUUAAGGUAGUAUGACUGAUUUGGCCCCACUGGGUGCUGUGCUGCAGAAGCAGCCACAACAGUGAUGUAGAAUGGAGGCAAGGGGCACUGAAUUUCAGCAUCACACAUGGCACUGCUGAAAUAUAAGAGCCCAAAGUCUGCCACUGCUGGUGAUCACCAUACGUAAUGUGCUAUUGUGUUCAGGCCCUGCUUGUGGGCGGGGGUGGCAACUUGAAUAAAAUACUGGGGAGGGCCUAGAUAAGCCCCGCCCUGCAUAACUGAUCACUGUGCACAUGCACACCAUUUGAAUGGCAAUGCCCAUCACCUUUGGGGAGCUCCCUCAAAUCUUUUACUGGGGGGGCCUGAAGGGACCUCAACCCCUAUGAGUUGGCUCCUAUACUUUGGACUUCCUAUAGCCAUCAGGUUGACCGCUGUGGGAGAUGCAAUGCUGGACUAGAUGGGCCUUUGAUCAGAUCCAGCAGGGCUCCUUCCAUCAGUAGUUUUAAGAUCCACGAAGCUAAGACUUCUAACAAGUCCAUUUCAUCUAGGCACGAUUUGUGGACGAAAAGGGCACACUGAACAGCAUUAUCCUCAAUGGCUCCACUUGUUAUGGAACUCCAGUGGAGGUUUUCCCCCUCCCUCUCCUCCUUCCUAAAAGGUCUUUCUGUGCUUAAUCAGUGCUUAUGGCCAGCCGAACUUUGGAGUGUUUAAAAGUGAGGUUAAAAAAGCAUGACAUUAUGUAAGUGCCACAUAUCCCCUUUGGUCCCCUGCCCUUUUCUUGCAGGGCAGCCUGGAGACUUUGUCCCUUUGGUUUCCUAGGAGUCAGCAAAGGUUUAUAACAGAGAGAUAGUUUUGGAGAUGGCUGUGUUUGCACAAGAUUAAAAUCUUUACCCUCAAGUGGCCUGGGUGAUGUUGACCGAGCCACAGAUAACGGUUGUGAAGGUAAUGAUGGGUCUAUGCAUAUUGCAUAGGUCUCCAGUAUGGUGCCUGCUCAUACACACUCAGAGGCUAUCCCUGGCACCUGCAUAAGAACAGAAGAAGCAGCUUUGGCCCAUCUGACUCCAUUGUCAGGGCUGGAGUCAGGUGCAGGCCACCAGCAAAGCAGUAACUCACCCCAGGCCAGUGAAGUUAACUCUUUAUUCAAGGAAACAACCACAGUUCUGGCCUAGUGGCCUCUUUCUAGGAGAAGAAGAAGAGUUUGGAUUUGAUAUCCCGUUUAUCACUACCCGAAGGAGUCUCAAAGCUGCUAACAUUUUCCUUUCUCUUCCUCCCCCACAACAAACACUCUGUGAGGUGAGUGGGGCUGAGAGACUUCAAAGAAGUGUGGCUGGCCCAAGGUCACCCAGCAGCUGCAUGUGGAGGAGCGGAGACGCGAAUCCGGUUCACCAGAUUACGAGUCUAUUGCUCUUAACCACUACACCACGCUGGAGGUCUUGUCCUGAUGAAGCAGUUGCGAGGACUGAAGGUCCCCACCUUCCCAGUGACCCCCUAGGACUCCUCCUCUCCAGGGCCUUUCCCACGCAGUCUCAGGCUGCGUCUGUGCACAACCACCCUCUGCUCUGUCUGCUUCCUUUCUCUGUGAGUUCGAGGGGACCUGAAGGGAAGGCAGCUGGUUGCAGCAGGAGGGAGAGACUCCCUGGAUUCUUCUGCAGCCUGUCUCCACACUGCCUCUUGGCCUCCGCUUGAAACUCAGAGUCAGAAUCUGAACUGUCACAGCCUCUUCCUGUUCACUAAACCCUGUCACCUCUUCUACUUCUGACACUUCCUCCUUCCAGUCUGCUGCCUCUUGCCACUUGCCUGUCGCCCCACCACCAUUCCCCGGGCUCUGAGCCUUCUUCCCUUGGUGGUUUCCCAGCUAGGAGCCUCCUACCACUCCUCUGCAUCCAGCCACACCAUGACAUCAAUACAGUGGUACCUCGGGUUAAGUACUUAAUUUGUUCUGGAGGUCUCUUCUUAACCUGAAACUGUUCUUAACCUGAAGCACCACUUUAGCUAAUGGGGCUUCCCACCGCGCCGCCGGAGCACGAUUUCUGUUCUCAUCCUGAAGCAAAGUUCUUAACCCGAGGUACUAUUUCUGAGUUAGCGGAGUCUGUAACCUGAAGCAUAUGCAACCCAAGGUACCACUGUAUUAUCUACAAUAACAGGCAGCGCUUCUCCAGGCUUUCUGGUAGGAGUCUCUCCCAGCUGUACCCGGAAAUGCUGAGGACUGAAUUUGGGACAAAGCAGAUGUUCUACCACUGAGCUACAGCCAAUAGGAGCCAAUAACUUUUUUGGGGGGGGGAGAGACUUGCAGAUGGGAGGGGACACUUGCAGCAUGCAGGCAACUCCCACAACAGUUUCUGUAGCUUGCAAAUGUGCCCAUGGGCCCAGAAAAAGUUGGCAAACCCUGCCACUGUAUAACCCGCCCUGAGUCCUAGGAUAGAAAAGAAGCUUCCAAGCCGCUCUGUUCUCUUGCUUGAAGGAUUCUCGUCUGAAUUGUGCAGUGAGUGUUGCCAUGUCAGGCCUUGGGGCUUAGUUGACUCUGAGGAUAUUCUGUUCCAUUUCCUCAUUCGGCUCUUGGUUGUGGUGGUAAAAGUACGCAAGAGCCCUCCUCCUUAUCUCUCCUGAACAGCGCAACUGAAAAGAGAUGCGCCGUUGGGGGCACAGAAGAGGCAACGACUUUUUCACUGCACGUGUGAACGCUUCCAACUUUUGUGACAUCUGUGAACGUUGCACAGAAUGUUUGAAACGGAUCGGUGCCCUCUGGGGCUUUUAUACACCGGCUUUGCAAAAGCAGGAAAUGAAAAAGAAAAAAAAAGUGUGUGUGGGGGGGUGUAGUUUUGUUGCUUUAAAGCUAUUUCAUUCUCAGGCACCACAAACGCCCUUAGCCAAAAUCCACAUCAUUCCCCCGCUCCGCCCCAGAGUCCGCUGAACCGGGUGCCGGGGGGCCGGGUCAGCGCGCUCGAAUCCCCCCACCCGAAAUCCCGAGGCGCCUCCCCCUCGCCGCUCCGAUUGGACACCUCCGCCGCCGGGUAAAUGGGGUGAGCGGCGGGCUGGGGUGUGCAGCGCAUUGGAGAAACAAGCGAAGUCAGCCCGGGCCCGCCCUCCGCUCUGGAGGAGGUGCGGCGGCGGCAGGCGGGGUGGGGAGGAAGGGGAGCCAAGUCUCGCUCUUCCUCCCUGCCCCCUCCCCGCAGGUAUCUGUCCCAACUGGGAACUCAAGGGCGACAGCGGCUCCCCACCCCCAUCUCCACGGGGCCGAAGGGCAAGGCUGCAGCCAGCGUGGAAGGGACCGGGUGGAAGGGGGGGAUGUGAAGAGCAAGGCUUUACGCAACCUGCGCGCUUUCUAGGCGACCAGCAUCCCCUUGCUCCAUCUGCCCAGCUGCUUCGGAAUAGCUCCGCACUCCAGUGGCGGAAUCUGGCCUCCAACUCCCCCCCCCUUCCUCAACUCUCCGCCCUCCCCUUUUCCCACUUGUCGUGUGGGUCCGCCUACCCCGCCGGCCGGCCUCUGACUUACACAGGACCGCUCAACCCGGUUGUCUCCCCUGCUAGCGCUCCGCUCAGCCUAUGCCGCGCGUCUGAUCCUAGGCGAAGCAGGACGGUGCCAAAAGUAAAAUUAAAAAAUCGCCCUUCAGCGCUGCCAAGUAAGCUUGUUUAGUUAGUUAGGAUCCGCGGGCGCUUCAAGAGGGUGUCGCUUUGCUUUUCCUUUCCUCUGCCCUUUCGUAGUUAUUAUGAGCUGCUAAUCCCCCUCCAAAAGUUGGAAACUUUUAGGCUCCUCACCGCCCGAGCCCCUGGAGCUGUUGCCAGAUGCCGCGGGAGGUUUAGGGCGCAGUCUCGUGCGUUUAUUCAGAACUCUGCCUCCACACAAUUAACUCGGGGUUUCCCCUGGAUGUCCCAGCGGCUCGCAGCCUUAGAAUUUCUCUUAAAGGAGAGGAGAGGAAAAGCCGAGCAAGGGAUUCCGUGCGCGUUUGCUUGGAAAUCAGGAGACCCGCGACGGUGGUCUCAUUCCUAAACGGAGCCUAAUCCGGAGUUAGGCGCGCCUAAACCCACCGAAACCCGCGCUGUUAAACGCGCCUAGCUCUGCAUGGGAAGCACAUCAGCCUUACUUGCGAGGAAGCCCUAUGGGCGGAUACUCGCCUGCACAGAACUAUGCACAAACGCGGGCUUGCUGUUGCCAACUGCGAGCAAAUAUGCGCAGGAGCCUAGCCUCAAGGUCAGGCACUGGCGCUGCCCGGCGGCUCUAACCUUCCCCAUUCACGCCUUCCCUCCCCCGGCCGAGCGUUCCAUUGUCCCUCCCUAACCCUCUCCCAGCCCCCGUGGCGUCACAACGCCCCUUCUCGCCAGAGAAGCUCUUCCCAUUUGUCUCCCGCCGCGAUUGUUACGUCACAGUCAGCCCACAAUUUAGCCGGAGAUCGCGCCCCCUUCCUUCUUUCCCUCCUUGGCGGUGCCUGAGCGCCGAGGCUCGAACCCGCCCCUUUCCCCUCCCCGCCUCUGCAGCGUGACUGAGCCGGCUGGCUGCUGCUGCUUACCGCUAUCUCUCCGCCCCCCUUCUGUUUUUUUAUUUAAUUUUUGGUUUUAAUGCUGCCUCGGGAUCUAUCGCCACCUUAAAACUGCCUGCUGCUGAGUGCGCGCAAAAAAGGUAAGGGAUCCGCGCUUGGCCAGCCUGGGCCUCCGCCGGCUGCGAGGUGGGUGGGGAAGCUGUUGCUUUUCCUGGGCGGAUGCUCCCCACACUCCCAUUGCCCUUGUAAGGGGAAAGAGAAGGAGAGAGAGAGAGAGGGCGCGGGCUCCCUUUCCUUUCCCGCGCGGCCGAUCCUCUGCUCGCGGGCAGCAUCGGGGACCGGGAUCUCGCCCGCCCUCAGCCCAGGCAAGCAGCGACCGGUGCUUAGCUGGCAGCAGCAGACGGACGCCCUGGGCUUGCCGAGGGGGCGACUCCGACGUGCUGUCGGCUGGGGAGGAUGGAGGGAGCUGGCUGGUGAUUCUAGGCAGUGUUCGUGCAAAUGGCAGUGCGCGAGGGGAUGCGGGGCUGUUGCUGUUGCUAUUAUGUCCCCGCCGUCCAUGCAACACACACACACACACACACACACACACACACACACACACGGGGGGGAGGAGAACCGGUUUAGGGCGGGGCCCCCGAUGGCGGCUCCACGUGCAUCCUCGCCUUUCGCUUCCCCGUUAUUGCUGCGGGCGAUCAGCGGAAGAGGCGGCUCCCGUCUCGAGUUUGAGAAUGUUUGGGGCUCGCAGAACAACUCGCUGCUAGCCGGUUUCUGCCCAGCAGGGGCAGAGAGAGAGAGAGAGAGAGGGAGAGAUCGGCAACAAGUGCUGAGAAAAGCUCCGCGUUUGUACAAACAUCCUUCUGGCGGGGGAAGGAGGUGCUGGUGUGUGCCGGCUGUCACUUUGCAGCCCCGGUCCCGCGUCGUCGGAGAACGACGGACGGGGCGCGUGAGCAAGCAGGUCUCUUCCCCACCCCGUGCAGGAAAACUCUUGUGGAUGCAGGUCGUUGUUCACGUGUGAUGAGCGCGCUCAUCUCGCCGCCUUGGGAAGCCGUUUCCGGCCACAUGUACCCAUGUCGAAAUAGACGUGCACACUCUGCCUUGCGAGGGUCUAAUUGCACAGAAACGAAAUGCUUCCAGCGAAUCUGUGGUCUAUUCGUGCUGUGUAAAGUGUCCCAAUACACCCAGCUAGCUUGUUCGACCCAGCUGAACUUGGCUGCCGGUGUGUUGCAAGCCCCCUGCCUUGCACUGCGCUGAGCAAAGUGAUGCUGGUGCCCUUCUGUGAUAAGCAAUCUUGGCUAGAACGGAAGGGUUGCAAUGGAAAGUUUGCUCCAGUUUGGCUUUCUGCUCAGGAUUCCCCUUCGACACUUGGGAGGCUGUGUAGCCUAGUUAUGUAGCCAAGUGGCUGAUGUCCCCUGCCAACAGCAACCAGUGCAUUCCCAAAGGCCCACUUCCUUACAGGAAAACAGUGUGUCCUUCCUCAGGAAGGAGAGACCAGCACUGAAACUCCCAGAGAAGAACAUUCUUCCUGCUCUUAAGCAUUUAAUUGAGCUCUUCCUUCUAAAGCACCCCCCAUGACUAGUAAGUCCAAUGAAUAAUUAUUUUUAUUUUUAUUAAUUUUCCCUGGCAACCAUCCCUGUUCCUAGGGGAGAUUUGGAUCCCUUCCAUAUGACCUGUUUAUUGAGCAUUGAUUCUUAUUUGUUUGCACAAAGUUGCAGGGAGGUGAAACAAUGUUGGCAAUUUAUUCAGCAUUCCUUCCCAUUUGUUUGCGAGUAUAAAAAUUCCACUGAGCAAUCACAAACCCGUGCAUCUUCCCAUCACUCUUAUCACAAAACUGACCUCCCCCCACCUUUUCUUUUUUAGGAAGUUGAUUUUGCUAUGCAAAUCCACUUUAAUUAUGCAACUUGAAUUUGCUGGUACUGUAUGUGAUUGAAUCCCAUCUGGAUAUAGUGCAGUCCCAUGCACUCCUCCCCUCCACGUAAGCCCCACUGAACACAGGGAGAUUUGGUUCCAUGUAAACAUACAUAGAGUUGCUUUGUUAAACUGUAUGAAGGGCAGCCUUCUGCCUUGAUGCUACAUUUCGUACUUUGUUAGAAAUUGGAGAACUUUCUAACUUCAGUUGGAGAACUUUCUGUGUUCAGUUUUUGUUGAGCUAGAUGGGAAGCAACGUUCUUUGGGCAACAGGCUGCUUAAAAAUGCUUCAUUUGUUUUUGGCCCAGUGUUCAGGUGCACUACACCUAAAUAAUAUAAACUAAGGCUGCUUAUCUUAUGCCUGCUUAUCUUUGAGUGACUCCAUUUGAACUCCAAAGGGACUUGCUGGUAUGCACUGAAGGGUUGGGCAAGCCUCUUCUCUGCUUCAGUGGAAGGUGUAAAAAACCACACACACACAAAAACACUCCCGACUCACAUAACAUCAUAGUCAAUGGCUUUCAAUCAAAGAGAAUCCCUUCUUAUCUCAAACAAGGGUGACUUAAUUAGAUGUAGAGUUUGGAAGCAAAGUUUAUCUGUCCUCACAAAAGCAAAUGGAUGUGGUUGUUUUUAUGGAACUCUUCAGUCCCACUUGAUUGUGGUUCUGUGCCUUGGAAAAGGCAGGGGAAACUCCAGAGCAGCUGAAAUAGGAGUUGCUUGUUUUUUUUCACUCUGGGGAAUUAUGCAAAGCAGCUUGGAAUCUUUGACUAGACAAAUGUGUUGGUGAUGAAGCAUCCCUAAGGCAGUGAUUUUUUUUAAUUAUUUAUUUUUUUUGGCAGGGGGUGGGAGGGAAUGUGCACUUCUAACUUGAGAGUUUGAUUAGAUGUCGGAUUUAUAAACAUUCAUCAACUGCCUUUCCUUAGUGCCUAAUCAUGGUACGUAUAUUAAGAUAUUUAAAAAUCCCCAGCGGUGCCUAUCAAAACUCGGCAUGUUCCUGUGUUAGCUGAGAAAGUGGAUGGAACUGAGUUGAAAGUAUGCUCUUGAAAACAAAAAGAUUCUGUAUUGCAGAGAUCACCUUUUUGUUGACGUGGAAAGGCAACACCAUUGCUUAGUCAGCAAGGAGGUUUGAUCUUCAGACACAAAAUCCUGCCUUCCCAGGGCAAAAAUAUGCUGACUACAAAGCACUCAGCUGCACCCGGAAGAAAAGAAACAGCAAGGUCUUGCCUGGCAGGCUGAUCCUAUGGUCCUUCUACACAAGGCCUAACAUUAAUGUAACCUUGUUGCUGCUGGUAGAAAUCGCAAGAAUAGCCAUAGCAGUGAGCCAAGGUAGCAGUAGCAACAGACACAUCACAGUGGCUGACAGUUCUGAAGCCACCCAUCAAUCAAUGAUCUUGCACAUGGGCGACUUGAUUUGAAGACACCAGUCAGCACAUUGGGGUGGCAUGAACUCUGUGAUGAGGUCACCCGAUCCUUAUGGAUCAGUUGAAAACUGCUGCGAUCCUGGUAUUUUAAUACGCUUUUAUUAUUGUCCUACAAAUCAAAGCAUACACAUAACUCUUACAUUAAUAACUCCUGUUGUUGUCUUCUUUCUGUCCCAAGAGGCAAUGGAGUGUGCCUCUGGGGGGUGAAGUCAAACCUCUGCAUUAACAGCCCUGAAGUGACCUCUCCAGGGUGCAAGCCUAGGCAGUGUGUAUGGAGGUCCUGGGUUGCCCAGGCAGCAAGACUCCCCUCUUGGCCCCACUGACAUGGUCCGAAGGAAAGUAGAGCAACAAGUUUGGCACUGGCUUGGCUGCAGGAGUUGUCGGAAGGAAACAUACAAGGUACCAUCCAACCAUCUUAGGGACUUGAGUCUGGAUUUGUGUGUAGGGUUUACUCCUUAGUCUUUUCUUCUCCUGAAGAUAUCCCUCAAAGCAGCAGAGGUUUAGGACCAGUUUUCCUUCUCCUUAAAUGGGCUACCUUCCCAAGUUGACCUCCAUCUGCCCCAUAAUCUCUGUAACAAUAUCUAUUUAUAUCUUAAUAACUGUAGCCUUGCCUUUAACUGGUACAUUUUUUCUAGAGGCACUGUAUUAGGAAAAUGAUUGGCCCUAGGUUAGGGGUCUGGCUAGCCUGUUUUGAUAAUCUGGCCCUGGCUUAAACAGCCUCCAUCUCCAUUGUCAGUGGGGUCGGGGCAGAAAAGUCAAACGCAGGGUACAGAUAUUCUCAACCGUCCUGCAGUCUUUCCCCAGGCCCCGCACAUGGAAGGAAUGAACUCUCAGUAGGCAAUGGACCACAGUUGGAGAACUUCUGCUAUAGCACCUUCCUUCUAAGGGGAAUCUGUCACCUUUCUCUGUUACAGUGGUACCUCGCAAGACGAAUGCCUCGCAAGAUGGAAAACUCGCAAAACGAAAGGGUUUUUGGUUUUUUUAGUUGCUUCGCAAGACGAUUUUCCCUAUGGGCUUGCUUUGCAAGACGGAAACGUCUUGCAAGUUUGUUUCCUUUUUCUUAAAACCGUUAAUACAGUUGCGACUUGACUUCGAGGAGCAACUCAUAGCACGCGGUGUGGUAGCCUUUUUUGAGGUUUUUGAAGACUUUGGUGAUUUUUGAAGCUUUUCCAAAACUUUUCCGACACCGUGAUUCGCAAGACGGAAAAAACCGCAAGACAAAAAAACUCGUGGAACGAAUUAAUUUCGUCUUGUGAGGCACCACUGUAUUCCUUUUUGGGAAGGUACAGGAGCUCAGGAAGAAGUGGGCAGUUGUAUCUGGUUUCUCACUGGUAGCAGUCGCUGUACUGCACAAACUUGAGCUUUGCAUGGCACUACAAGGAGUUAGGGGAGAGACAUGUUUGCCUGCAUGAAAGAAUGGGAUGCCUGUUUGUCUGUGGGCGGGGAUGGGGAGAUAAGAGUAGCAUCAGUAGACAUUAGCUAUAGGUAAGACAGUCCUGUAAGGCUGGCAACAGCAUAUUUGCUACCAUGUCAGUGCCUACAGUAUUUAUUCUGCGCAUCUACUAUGCUCAUCUGGAACGGGGUGGGGGGUAUCUCUGGUUAAUAUGGCCAAGGCUGUUUUGGACUGGACUGGAAGGAUGCUUCUUAGAACAUUGCAACGCUUUGGAGUGAAGACGACCCUUUUCGAGACACAGCAUUGGACAAGUGUGUGCACUAAUCUGAGUGAUUUGUUUUGCCUUUCCUUCUGUUUGUCUUUGGGGUUGGGGGGGUGUCCCUAUUAAGUGUUAUAAAACACGCCUGCACUUUUCUGCCAGUGCACACAACAAACCUGGCCUUCCUGUGCAUGCUGCAGGAAUAGUUGCCAUAUUUGCAUUACUGUUGCAAAUAAAUAUUCCUCUUGUGAUGCGUGCUGGUUCCCAACCUUCCUUAGUCUUAUUCCCAGGGCUUUUCAAUCAGAGGCUGCUUAACUGUUGUCAAUGUAUCUUCUACAGUGCUGUGUUGCUGUCGCUGCUGCUCGCAGUGAGCCUCCCAUGGGAGCUUUGAGUUAUUGUGAAGGGCACAGAGUUUGUUCGAAUUUCUAUCCCACCUCUCUUCCAAGGAGCUCAAGGAGGCAAACGUGCUCUCCCGCCAUCCGCACAACAACCCUUUGAGGUUGGUUAAACUGAGAGGCAGUGACUGCGGCAAAGUCGGUGAGCCUUAUCAUGUCUGAGCCUCAUCAUGGUUGCUAUCAGGGGCUGCAACUUCCAGGCAGCAUAACCAAGGGUGAAGAGAUUUCUCCACCCUGAUUGGCCCUCACACCUGCCAGUAGCUCCUCACUAAGAUUCACAAAGCAGCUUUGCCAUGUUUUGAAUUUCUCAUGGGAGGAGAAGGACCAUCUCACACUACAACCUUGCCCUCCAAAAUGGCUUAAAUAAAAAAUUGGAGAGAGUUUUCAAACUAGCUGUUCAUAGAGCAUUCAUCCUGGUAUGUUUGCAUGGAGAGUAUAUGUAUGUGUGUGACAUAUAUACAGGGGUGUGUGUGUGUUUAUAGGGAUGUGGGUGGCACUGUGGUCUAAAUUACUGAGCCUCUUGGGCUUGCCAAUCGGAAGGUCAGCAGUUCGAAUCCGUACGACAGUGAGCUCCAGUUGCUCUGUCCCAGCUUCUGCCAACCUAGCAGUUUGAAAGCAUACCAGUGCAAGUACAGUGGUACCUUGGUUUACAACCAUAAUCCGUUCCGGAGGUCCAGUUGUAAACCAAAACAGGUUGUAACCCAAGGUGCGCUUUUGCCAAUGGGGCCUCCCUCCCAAAAUUGGUUGUAAUCCCCAAAAAGGGGGGGUAUAAUCCAAAAAAAGGGACACGCACUUCCAGGUUUGACGUGGUUGUAAUCCAAAACGGUUGUAAUCCAAAGUGGUUGCAAACCAAGGUACCACUGUAGAUAAAUAGGUACUGCUGUGGUGGGAAGGUAAAUGGCGUUUCUGUGUGCUCUGGCUUCCAUCACAGGGUUCUGGUGUGCCAGAAGUGGUUUAGUCAUGCUGGCCACAUAACCCGGAAAGCUAUCUGUGGACAAACUCUGGCUCCCUCAGCCUGCAGAGCGAGAUGAGCGCGGCAACCUCAUAGUUGCCUUUGACUGGACUUAGCUGUCCAGGGGUCCUUUAACUUUUACCUUAACUUCACACACACAAUAGUGCUAGCUAGACUCUUACUGUGCACUUUUAUGUGCAAUUUUUUGUUGCUUAUUGAUCUUAUUGUGGCCAAGGGCCAGCUGAAGGUCUGUAUUCUGCCCCCAGGCCUGAGGUACCCCACCACCACCCCACUCCUUGGAGUGCUUCUACACAGAAAUCUUCAAGUGGCUAUUUUUGUUGUUGAUUUUUUAAAACAUGAAUCUAACACCUAUAAUCUCCAAAGCGUUUGUGUGCAUUACAGGCACCUAUAAACUUCAGCACAAAAAGAACAGAACUUUAGAAGAGGCAAUUUAAGCCCUUAUUGAUCCUCAAGCAGAACAGGAAGUAAACAAGAGGCAAUUGUACUACAAAUGGGCAUUCUGGCCAAUGUGGGCUUUUAAGUUCCCAUUACACACCCCAAAGCCUCGCAUGUUAAGGUUCCUGGCACCAUUUUGGAAAUGGCCCUUAGAGUCACUGCAGGACUGCAGGAGGGAUACCGAGCGAAGGGAGAACUAACCUCCUCUCCCUUCCAGCUGCUAGGGAUGCAGGAAGCUGGCAAUAGCAAUAAUGCCUCAGGGAGCUGAUAUUGCUCCCUGUUUUUGUUUUGCUUUUUUUUUUAAAAAAAUAGCAAUACUUAAAAAUGGUCUAGUGCUGAGGGCAAGAUGCAAAUAUGUUUUAAAAUCUACAUCAGCAACAGAAUUGUGUUUCAUAGUUCUGAAAGUGCGAGAGGGAAGCAGAAGCAAAAGGCAGGAAAUGGGAGGGAGGAAAGGAAGUGGAAGCCUUAAUUGGUGUUAAAUGGUUGCCAGAGAAGCAACAGACUUAAGUGGGGUUAUUUUUGUUUUUUAUAGCAGGCUUACGUUUACUACCUUUUCAGGAGGUUCUUGGAGAACUUGAUGCCUGAGGCAGGAAAUCCAAAUGCUUUUUUUUUUUGCAUAUUAGUAAAAAUAUAAUGGCCAGUUUGCUGCCUUUUUACAUGGAACCCCACAGGGUAAUCUUCUUCAGAUGGGCUGCCUUCCCUGGAAGCUGCUUCUGGUGUAAAGGCAGCAGCUCAAGCAGCUCAGUAGGGCAGACGAGUGCCGUCAUGUUACGCCACUUAUGAAAGAAUUGCAGUGCUUGCCAAUAAGCUGCCAGGCGAAGGCAGUGGCACCAGAUACCUGAAAGGUUGUCUCACUCCUUGUAUACCCAACGGAUCACUCUGCUCUGCUCCAUCCUGCAGAGUCCACACCACUAGAUUUGCAGGAGGCCCUGCGACAUAGGCACUGGGCCUUUGGUGUGGUGGCCCCUUCGCCACGGAACUCCCUGCUAUUACAUAUCUAGUAGGCACCAUCUCCAUUGUUUGUUUCUGGUGCCUAAUUGAAUACCUUUCUUUUUCAACCAGCCUUUUGAGGGAAUUUUUUUUUUAUCCCAGUCUCUACCCGAUUUGGAUUUGAAAUUGUUUUCGUAGUUUCCGGUCAUAGAAACAUAGACUUGGGAGGGUCCCGGUGGAUCAUCUAGUCCAAACCUCUGUGAUUCAAGAAUAUGCAGCUGUCCCUUACAGGGAUCGAACCUGCAACCUUGGCGUUAUUUUGUCAGCACCACAUUAAAUCAUUUCGUAGGAUGUGGUUCGGAAAUGAAAGGGAAGAUAGAGAGAAGGUCCCCGGGGCUUUUGCUUAAAGUGGAGAGACUCUUCUUCCUUGAGGACGGUGAUGGGUGAUCUUCCCUUUGCUUGGGAAUAUUGGGUGAACAAAGAGCUAAAAACCUACCUUUCCUGGCUGGAAUCUGUUGGAUGCUUGGGAUCUUUUUGCUGAGAGCUCUUGGAGGAAGUCGGGAAGCUUCUCUCUCCUAGUUUUAUAAUGUUGGUGCAUACAUGCUGAUGGCGUCGUGUGCAAAUGCCGUAACAGAUUGCUCCCUUGGAAUUGUGGUCUUUUUCCAAACACAAAAUGCCUUUGCCAAGCACACAAGGCUCCUGGGAGCACGAAAGGGUUUUAGGUCUUGAUGGGGCAGGGCAAGAAGCAAUUGCACUAAUUGAUUCAAUUCAAGAUGCUCUCCAAACGACAGGAGACAAGCAUCCUGGUUGUGGCUUCGAGUAAUGUUUGACCCCGGAGUAAAGGAUUAAUAUGAUAGAAUUCUUACUCCUCCUAACCAGUUUUGAAGCAUGAAGAAUCAUUAUGUUGUCAGCCAGAACUGAACGUUGGUGGGGAUUAUACUCUCUUUAGAAGACAUCCAACCAUUACCGUAUUUUUCGCUCUAUAAGAUGCACCAGACCAUAAGACGCACCUAGUUUUUGGAGGAGGAAAACAAGAAGAAAAAAAUUCUGAAUCCCAGAAGCCAGAACAGCAAGAGGGAUUGCUGCACAGCGAAAGCAAUGAUCCCUCUUGCUGUUCUGGCUUCUGGGAUAGCUGUGCAGCCUGCAUUCGCUCCAUAAGACGCACACACAUUUCUCCUUACUUUUUAGGAGGGAAAAAGUGUGUCUUAUAGAGCGAAAAAUAAGGUAUGUGCUGGACAAACUUGUACUGUGAACCAAGUAAUUUUAAAGUGCAUUAGGAACAAGAGAGGAUGAUUCCAUGAAUUUUUAUUUGAUCAGUUAAUUUAGGCAGGGAAAUCUAAGCCUUUCCUCGGAACUGGUCUUUCAGCUUGGGGGAAGUUUAUUGCAACGAUACUACUAGUAUUUCUAAGCCCGUUAAAAAAGAGGCUCAACCUUCUCUCUCUCGCUCGCUUUUGCCCUUCCUUGCAGCUGCCCGUGGUGUGGUUUCUUUACACUAGUCUUUCCGUUAGCAUUCCCCACUUUGAUCCAGCUUGUGCUACUGGUGGGAGGGAGCUCUCAUGCAGAACAACUUUUGGUUUUCUGGUAAGCUGUCAAGCAGCUGUUACAGGAAAGGAUAGGUGUAAGUUGAUCAGGGAGAAGUGUUCUGAUGACAUCACACAAGAUGGUUGCCUUUUCUUGACAGGAAACCACUGUGUAGACCACAAAGCAGCCGCCCUGCAUUACUUUCUUGCCUCCACCCCCCCACCCCGCCCAAUCAUCUGCUUAAAAAUAAGCUGUGGAUGUUUUCCCUCCUUAAUUGUGCCUCUGUAAUGCAAGCCUUGCGUUUGUGUUUCCAUGUUUUUAUUCUUUUUAAAAGCCACCCAGUUGCAAGUACUGGAGGCCUGGGAAUUUGCAUACCUCAUCUAAACCAGAAUAAUAGCUACGGCCGAAAAAUAAUAAGCCCACUCUGCUCCAUGCCUGUUGUGGAGUAACACUGUAAGACAAACCCCUAACCGUAAUUAAUUCUACUUGUUGGAAUGCAAGCAGGGUUUUCUUAACCUUUCCCCCCUGUUUUUGGAGAUUAAAAUAAGACUAGAAUAACUAGAGAAUUUUGUAACGGACCUUGGACACUGUCUUUUCUGAACUCUGUGCUCUGGAGCAAAUAAAUAAGGCUUGAUUUACUUUUGCAUUCAUCUUCAUUCUUACUUGUGUCUGUGAGAAACCUUGGCUGUCCUUUAAUAUAUCUCAGCUAAGCAAUUAAGAGCCUCACCUGCUGCCAGACAGACUUUGCCCCAUGAGACUGCAGUAGGUUGGGGUCGAAAAUGAGAAUGGAUCCUUUUAUUAAAAUGUGGGCCGAGAGAGUUCUAGUGUAGCCUUCUCUGACAUGCUAAUUUCCAUUUGUUUGGUUUUGGCACAAGGCAGUGGUGGAGGAAGCCGCUCGGGUGCCUGGGACAGCACACUGAGGGGCGGGGCCUCCAGAGUCUGCCUGCCUCCUCCCACUCAGUCGCCCUACAACUGAGGGAGAGAUGGCGGGUGGACCGUUUGGGGCAACGCGGAGCCUGCGGGCACCCAAGGCACUGUGGCACUCCCAGGAGAGACGCAUCGCUUGGGCGCGCUGCAGGCCCCGUGGUGAGUGCCACCCAGCGUUUAGUCACCCCCCUCAGUGGUGGAACCGGGGUGGUCCGCACCCACCGCACCUAUCUUCCUCCACUACUGGCACAAGGGAGCAUUGCAACCCUUAAAUCUUUGCACUGACAAUUGGUGUCGUCCAGUACUAGAGGUAUCACUUGACGUUGCUGAUCACAUGCUUCUCCUGUCUGCUGUGGAUGUGUAUUCACUGGACUGCUUGGGCCAGCGGAAAGAUGCACUUUGGCCAGAGAGAUUUCUAGUUCACUUCCAUCAUCAAUCCACAGAAAUGGCUAGACUUCAGACUCUUGUGUCUUCUUCAGAUGACCUUUUUACUGAGCAUUUAUCCUGAUUCACUGGCAUAAAGCUUACCCCGAUCUUAUAUGAGGAUCGUUGAGUUGUUAGCUGGGAGGUUAUAUAUAGCAUUCAUCCUGAUUACUUUUUGCAGCUAUACCUCCUAUCAAGAAGUCAUUGUCCCACACUUUUUAGUGCAUUUCCCUGCAAUUUCUCUUAACUACAAAAAGUUAUACCAAAAAGUGGAUUUGCUGCAACAAAGCGCUUCAAUCCACUUCAAUUGCACAAACAUGAAUUUAUGGUAUGCGGUGGUCACUGUUUUGGAGAAGGGACUCAAUCUGGAGGUAUCUAUGUAUUUAUUUUACUAACCCUAUAUAAUCCUUGUUAUACAACUCAGAUUGUUUUCCUCCUCUGUAAAACAAAUUCAGUCUUGACCUCCCUUGGGAAGUGGAGGCAGUGAAAUGCUUUGUGUGCUAAAGGUCAUGACAAAUCGUGGACCUUUCUGCUAACAGCAUCCCAAAGGUUAGGGCACCUUGAUAGCUACCUUCAUUGCAAGCUAAAUUUGUGGCUUGUAGCCAUAUUUGUUUAGAAAUCUUCUCCAUACAUUUUCUGUGGUCCAUGCUCACAUCCAGCUCAAUCCACAAAGAACUGCCAGUAUGGUGGGUGAUUUGUUGUGAGUGUUCAUACCAGUGAGACUCUUGCAACACUACUUCGUAAAACUUUACCUCUCCUUUGUUCUCCAUUACCUGUGUAAGAAUAAAAGAUAGUCACUUCCGGGUUAGCGCCAUCGCCGAAUGGCGGACUCCCUCCGAGCUCCGGAGGGGGUCUGCUCGGCAGGGGCUGGGUCCUACCGCGCCGGCGACGCGGGGACCCUUAAAAACCACGGGCACGGAGUCCGUGGACAUGGGUGACUCGGCUUGCACCAUUAGCGCCCUCCCGACUCGUGAAGGAGCCUUUUUAAAGGCUUCGGAUCGGAGUGCCGGGAGUGGCGUGGUGCUUGAGUCCACUGCUUUCCCUGCCGAGCGCAGCCGCAUGCCAUUCGACGGAGAGCGCUGACUUCUUCUAUUGAAAAUUUGGACUAUUAACAACAACCCGUGAGUAAUUGGGAAACCGGGUUCAAAAUUUUGGAUUUGGCACGAGCGGGGCGAUUUAAAAGGAAGUCAAUCCCCCCCCCCUAUUGUAAGCAUUCCAAAACAAGGACUGGGUAACCAAGGUCCAAAGGGAAGUAUGUCUCUGAUAAAAAUCAUUAAUUUCACGAUGGGAAAUUAUAAGAAAUGUGCUGGAGGAGAAGAGUGGAGGGUGAGAAGAAAAAUGCAACCCCCCCCCUGGGAACCGGGGCGAUUCGUGGAUCCUGGUGAAGAGAGACGGAGGCUUUGACAGCUGUCAAAGUGGCUGUCAAAGCUGGAGAAUAUAAAGAGGACUUUGUUAUGAGGACCUUGCUGGUUAAUUUUGUUACAAUUUGCUAUAAUAUGGAUAUAAACUGUUGGAAAAUAAGCAACAAUUUGACUUUUGGAUUAGAGGAUACAAAGUUAUUACAAUCCCCCUAGAGGGGUUUCGGGAUACUACAAGAACGGUCGUAAGUGGAAAAAUACCCUGGGAUUCGCACAGGAUGUGUUAUCUUCUGGGAAAGCUGCAAAACUGAAAGAGUAUUUUGUCUACAGAGGAAGACAAUGGAAUUUUUUAUUGAAGAAAGGAAGGGACUGGACGUAAGUGUUUGUUCCUGAAUAACAAACCUCUGCAGAGACACUAGAUUUCUGAAUUAGAAAGUUUUAGCAGCUGAACAGGACAAGAAACCUGAGAAAGUGAGGAAUAAGAAGAAUAAAGGACUGAUUACGACACGGAAAGAACAACGGGAGGAGUGGUAAAGAUCAAGGAAAUUAAAGGCCUUUGUUAGAUUGGACAUUUGAAGUCAAAUAUUAUUUAAAUUAAUAAACUAAAAGAAAACCGGCAAGAUGGAAUCGGGAGAAAUCUGGUCAUGAAAUGAGACUUCCAAGCUGAUAAUGUAUAGACUGAUGGACAUGGGGAAUUCAAACCGGGGAAGGGGGAGAUUUGAAAUCCAAAGGCUGUGUAACCAUUUUUUGAAUUUUUCUAUAUCUCUUAUUUUCUAUUUCUUUACAUAACUUACGCAUGUUAUUUUACUUUGAUCGGACGUGUUUAAAAAAGGGAAUUUGUGGAAGGAACUGGGGUGGAUCUUGGGGAAAAUCUUUUUCUUUUUCUGUUAAUGAUGUGGGACGGUGGUAAGAUUUGUACAAUUCAAUCUGGAUAGUGGGUUAAACAAAUUAAGCUUUAAAUUGGGAGUGAGAGCUUGUAGAACCAAAUUAAGGAAAGGGAAUACAAUUGGGGGAGGGGGAGUCCCAGAAAGUAGGGAAUGAAAGUAAGGUUUUUAAAUAUCUUCUUUCUUUUGUUUUUUUUCUUUGUAUUUUUAUAUUUUUGGAAACUUUAAUAAAUAUGAUUUAAAAAAAAAAAAAAAAGAAUAAAAGAUAGUGUCUUGAAAUCCAGUCCAACAGACAGAGUUAAUCUACAGUCUUAGCUAGCAGUGCUGUGAAUAAUGGGAAUAAAACUUUGCCUUUUUAAUCUGGUUCUUACUGAUUUCUCUGCUUCCCGUUACUGGUCUGCUGCGUUAAGUGCAGGGGGACAUCAAAAUAGUCUCUUCUAUAAUUAUCUGCAAAAUCUAUACUUUAGUCCCAGAGUUACUCUGUAAAGCAGUGAGCUGACGUAAGUUUAAAGGAGCUGAAAAUCUUAAACAUGGAUGAGAGUGUGGCAAGUAGGGAUGGAUGAAUCUGCCCAUUUCAGUUCCUUGCAGUUUCUAAUUUUUCCAAACUUUCUCCACAUUUCCACACCUGUUUGUACUCACCAGUGUGCGCAAUUUGGCCUAAUUAACCCCAUUUUUGCAAAGCAAUUUCCUUCAACAUAAUGCAUUUUUCUAUGUUGAUUUCUUGAAUAUAUGCAUUUUACUCUAGUAUGUUUGUUUAUGUCCGCAUCAAUUGAUUGGAGAACUACCCAGCAAAAUUCAGAGAUGUGCGAAUUUUAAAGGAUGACUGUGUUUCAGUUCAUGUUUUGUUUUGGAGAAGUGUGAUUUGAGGUCUUUCCCCACGUAACUAUGUAAAGUGGUAUAGUUGCUGGGGGGGGUUGAUGGGGAGGGGGCAUUCUGACACAUGGCAUCCUCAUUAUUUAGCUAAAAUUCCACAAUAAUGUACUUGGGGGAAACGGCUUUCCCCUCCCUUCUGCCGUGAAAAACUUGGCAUUUGUGAAAGAUCCAGAAUGGACCCACAAUGUUUCCAUUUGCGUGGCAUGUGUACAAGCACCAUCCUGUGUGGAGGUAGGGUGGGGUUGGCGCAUGUGGUUUGAGGCAUCUGUUUUGCACCACUUCCUUUGGAGAGAUGCAAGCUGUCAGUUUGUGAGCUCAGUUCGGAAGAGAGAGAUGGCAGGUAGAGGCAAUGGUGCCAGUGACAGCAGUCAUUAGCUGCAGACAAAAUUUAAUCACACUAACCAGGUUUUCCCAGAGCUCAGGCAGAUACACAAUUCCUCUUCCAAUCUCCUGUUCUCUGACAGUAUUAGUAUUCUGGAAUAUGAGGCAUUAAACACCCCCACCUCCCCCCCCCAAAAAAAUUCUGUUCCCCCCAGUGCAUGUGAAUAACUCUGACAUUUACUUGCUGGAGGAACACAAAGAUAUUUAAGGAACAUGGAACGUUUCUCAAUUUGGGCACAAGCUGCCAUUUGUUCAGAAAGGAAAACCCCAACCGGUCAUCAGAAAAGUUGUGCAGGCAGAGCAAAAGUUUUGGUACCCAGAUAGGACGGAUGAAGCAUUAAAACUGGAAAACUCGUGGGUUGGUUGUUUCUCAGUUUAUAAAGAACUGCCUCUUUGUGCCCCUUCUACCAGGGAAAUGUCCUCCAUCAGCUGGUUAGCAUCAGCUCUGCCCACACUACACAGAUACAGCCCUGCUCAGCAGUUUGUGCUUCCUGGCACUAAACCCAGCCUACAUUGUGAGGGAGGGUUUGCUUUAUUUUUCAAAUGUGAGAGGGAGGAAUCUCCUCACCCACAUCAUGGUCACUAUUCUCUCUUGGCUAUAGUAAAAUCUAUAUUCUAUUUGUGGUUGUAUCAACCCAUAGUUACCUUUUCCCCAGAAACUCAGAAUUUGUCUAGCCUCUGUAUUUAACUUCCCUCUCUCAGAAUGACCGUAGUCUUGCUUCUUCUUUAAUGGCCGGUGAGUCACUUUGUCAUUGUAGUUAAACGCUGGUAGUUCUUCUGCUUCCACCAGCCCUAACUCCAAGGCUGAAUCCUGAAUUUCCAAACUUGGCAUGUUUAGAAUGUGAGCUUCCUCAAUAAGUAGCUGAGUAUAUAACAAACGUAUACCUGGCACACAUUUUCAAGAGAAAUUAGCCCUGAUUUAUGUUGUUUUAAAGACUGUGGGUAUAUAGACUCUCUAUAAAUUGACCUGUGAGUGGACUGCUUAGUCAAGAGGAUAAUGGGAAAAUCCGUGUUGGAAUGUAGUCUUCUUGCUCUCUUAAUCGUUUUAAUGAUCUUGCUGUCUUUAUAAAUAUCGGCAUCAACAGUGCAUGUAAAAUUAUUUCUCAUUAGAAGUGAGGAAUGAACAUGAAGCAUUUAUUUAUUAUCGAAGGCAUUGCUGCUUCGCCCAUCAAAUCCUAGAGUCUCCUGCAAUAACAGAUUGAAAUACAACAUGGGUGCACAGGCUGGCGAUAUCCUGGCUGUUUUUACUUCAGAAUAAAUAUGGAUGUGAACUAUCCAGACAAAUGAUGCCAAGUUGAUGGUGCUGAGCAUGAGCAAUCUUGAGAUUUUCUUACCUCAUUCCCCCACUUAUCUGUGGAACCCUUGUAUCCUGGCUGAAGUAGCUGUAUGAUGCAAAGGAUUUUGAGACAUCAUAGAGCAGUGGUUUUCAUGCUUUCUUUGGGGGGACCUCCUUUUACCUGAACCACGUCUGCUUAAUAAGCGAAGAGAUGAACAAGCCUUUUGCUCACACACAUACACAGCCCCUUUGUUCCGCCAUCCAUGUGGGUUGCAGUUAAACUAGGAUUCAUUUACCGUAGUUUCCUAGUUCAUCUGAACUAGGGAGCUAUGGUUGCCAGCUUUGGAAGAAGCCAGGGUAUUUAUCCCUGGUUUGAAGUUUGUUUAAUAGUCUGGCUUAUUAUGAAGCUGGUAACCAUAGUUUCCUGAUUUCACAAGAAAUGGGAAACUGGUUAAUUGGUGGCUUCCUGUUUUAAUUGUGUGAAGGCAAGAACAAAGGGCUUCAUGUGUUGUGGAAUGAGCCCUUCGUAUCUUGCCUUAUUAAGUCAAGACAUAAUUGUCCAAACUGACUCAUUAAGUCAUCUGCCAAUAAACUCCAGGUUGUGCUCUACUGAAAGCCCACUGGCGGAGCUAUGGAAACAAAUAAUGUCCGCCACUGCGUUGCAGAUAAUUUUGGUGUGUAUUGUAGGGCACACAAUCCAAUUGGGGUGAGGCAGUUUAGAACACACUCAACUACGGUACUUUCAUAUGCCCACACAUUGCAGGGGAAGACAAAUAACGUCGAAAAGCUUCCCUGGAGAAAAGCUUGUCUGUCAUUCCUGAUCUCCUGAUUGCGGUCUAGAAACAACUGCAAUUGGGUCUUGCUCUCCUGCUGCCCAAAUAGAGAAUGUAUCCAAUGUUUUCUUCCCUUCCUGCAUAUUGCACAGAAAGAUUGUAACGAUGGACAAAGCUGUUCUCUUCUAGCAGUUUGUUAGCUAUUUGUUCGCUGGAAUUGCCUUCACUCAGCCCCCCCUUUCCCCCUUUCCCCCUUUCCUGUUCUGUAUGGGCAAAGCUAGACUUGUCACAAUUCAUGCAACCAACAAGUGUACCAGUGGAUUGGGGUUUUAAAAAAUACAGUGGUACCUCGGGUUAAGUACUUAAUUCUUUCUGGAGGUCUGUUCUUAACCUGAAACUGUUCUUAACCUGAAGCACCACUUUAGCUAAUGGGGCCUCCUGCUGCCGCCAGAGUAUGAUUUCUGUCCUCGUCCUGAAGCAAAGUUCUUAACCCGAGGUACUAUUUCUGGAUUAGCGGAGUCUGUAACCUGAAGCGUAUGUAACCUGAGGUACCACUGUAGUAAAUAGCAGAUAAGGGUCACCUAUCUGGAUCAGGGUCAGAGCAGGAAUCAAAGGUUUAAAGACCCCCCCCCAAAAAAAAAUCUAUCAUCAUGGUCCUGAUCCAAUAGCUUCUCCAUCAACUGCUCUUUUCUAUAUAAAAGGAGGAUUUACACACUUGCUAAUUGUGUGAAGGGAGCUAUGACUAGUGUGGCUUUUGUGAACAUGCAUUUGUCAAGUUCAGCUCUUGGAGAAAGACACAGGAAAGUCUAGUACUGCUAGAUACCAUUUUGGAGGAAAGAGUCAAGCAACCCAGUCCCAUCCUGGACCAAAGUUUGCCUUCCUUUCUUCCUCCAUAGCAGAUUUUGCUGAAUGGGCAUCUCUGCAAAUAAGAGCCAAAGGUUUUUGAUGGCUGUUCCCCUCCCUCUCUCCUCCCCCCCCUUUUUAAUCGGAUUACAGUAACUGGCCACCCACAUUAAUCUUAGAUUGUUCAUUUAUGUUUAAUCUUGUUUACUAGAGCAGAGACCCUCUGUUGACCUUUGCACUCAAUUUACUUAAUAUGAGCAGCAGACUUGGGAACCCUUGAAUUUUCACUUCCAUGUCUGAUAUGAGUGUCCUCAUUCCUUUGGCCCAGUAUUAAAUAUUUGUGCCACUAACUGAUUUUUGAUAAAUCCUCACAGAGGUUUGCAAAAGAUAAAAAUACUAAUGAAGUAAAAAAAACCAAAGAUCCGGAGUGGUAAAAGAGGAAAAGCAAAGCAACAGAAUUUACCUUUGAACGGGAUCGAAGAGACCUGACUAACAAUCAUGGGUUUAGCAUGGUGUCAGAAAAAUGUGAGUUGGCUUCAGAGGAGCCUUCCUGGGGAAGGAAUAUGAGAGGCAAGUAAAAGACCUCUACCUGGGAGGUCUUCUGCCUAACCUCUGAGAACAGGGCACUGGGGCAAUGGCCUCCAAAGUUAAUCCUGGCACAUGGCCAGUUUGGUUUGGGUGACAGACUGCAAUCCUUCAGGUAUCGCAAGUCCCAAAUUGUAAAAGGUCUUUAAAGGUACACAUCAGCACUAUUGACUUGGGGUGGGAAUUGGUCAUCUGUGGAUGUUUAUUUAGGACUGGAGAAUGGUGUUCAUAUCAGCUGUUCCAAGUUAGUUCCAAACACAUCUGCAAUGUAUAUUGCAGUCUCCAAAGGCAGGCCUGAGUAGACCGCUUUGCAGUAUGCUAAAAACUGGUGUGCACCUGUGGAUUGUUUUGUUCCACAUUUUUACUUCAGUGCCACUUGGGAUACUUUUUGGCAUAUGCUACUGUGAAGUUUUAACAGCCGCAUAUGUGUCUUCUCACAGUUGUUAGAUGUGUAGUGACUUUAAACAAGGGUGCAAUAUUGCUCAUGUUCAUAGCACAAACAUAUCCCUUCCUGCUUUGCAGUUAUGCAGUUCUCUUACUCAGUUUUCACUAUGUAUUUUACUUCAGAGUAUCUUGUUGGAAAUCCAGAGAACUAAUCUAUAGUCUUAAGGAUGUAGUCAUACCUCAGGUUACAGACGCUUCAGGUUGUGUUUUUUUGGGUUACGGACCCACCGAAACCCGGAAGUACCGAAACAGGUUACUUGCCCAUGCGCAGACGCACCACUGCAGGUUGCGAACGCUGCGGGUUGUGAACGUGCAUUCCGCACGGAUCGCGUUCACAACCCGAGCGUCCACUGUAGUGCCUUACCUGUAAAUAGCAGUUGGCUAUUCCACUGGGUAGUUCUGGGAUUCUCAAAGCACAUCAAAUGCUGAUCAUGUAAUAAGUAAUAUAUUUGAGCUUUGCAUGAACUGCAGAGUAUUCUGGGUGGCACUGUGACACAUGACAGUUCAGUCAAGUUGGCUGUAUGGUCAGCUGAAGCACACAUUCUUUUUCCUCAGAGGAAAAGCAUAUUAUUGAUAUUUCAGUUAACGUGGACUGGCCCUGAGCUCAUUGCCUUUAAUUUCUUGCUUUUGAACAUCCCAUUGCUCUUCAUUAAAACUGCCCCAUGCCCAUUAGAUGGAGACUCUCAAACACCUUUUCAUGAUAGAAUUCAGGCUUGCACUUAUUACAAUUCAGAAUUCAGUUUCGCACUUAUUACAGAUUGAAAUUGGGUAUCUGUUUUUAUUAUUUAUUGGCAUUCCCAGGUUCUCUCAAUAGAAGUUCCAGAGGUGUCCUGUGUGAGUGGGAAGGCACUUCUGCAAGGAAGCCUCAUCAAAUUCUUCCCAUUUCCCUUCCCAGUUGCAACUCCCUUUGCCCCACCCCACCCCGUUCCAGAGGGUCCUCAAGUCUCUGUAGUGGCUUUGGUGGGGGGCAAAGGAGACUAUAGUGUUGCCGAUAGAGAACCAGGAAAACUCUUCUGCAUGAGCUGAGUUGUACCAGCUGUUCUCUGGAUCUAGCCCAUGACCAUUGUAUUCAUUGUAAUAGAAUCAUAGAAUUGUAGGUUUGGAAGGGAUCACAAGGGUUGUCUCAUCCAAACCCCUGUGAUGCAGGAAUCUUUUGCCCAGUGUGGGGCUUGAACCCACAACCCUGAGAUUAAGAGUCUCAUGCUUCUUCCCAGCAGCCAAGCAAAUUGGGUCUUCCAGCUGCCAUCCCAAUCACAGCUACUAGCCAUACCUGUGCUGGCCUAGCUGGAGAAAUGGAACCAUCUCUCUUUUCUUUCAAUAAUAAUAAUAUUUUUUUAUUUAUACCCCGCCCUCCCCGGCCAAGACCGGGCUCAGGGCGGCUAACAUCAGGUAUAAAAACAAUUGAUUAAAAUACAACUUAAAAACAGGAUUAAAGUACAACUUAAAAUGCAGCCUCAUUUCAAUGGAAGCCCAGAUCAAAACUGUUUGGGGGGAGAAAACGUCAAAUCUACACCAAGGCCAACUAUCCAGACUGGUCCUACGUGGGCCAGAAAAAAGCCAGGGAAGUCCCCAGAUAGGGGUUCCAUCACAGAAGGAAAAGGAAAGAAGGGCAUGGGAUCAGGCUGGUUCCAAGCCAAAGGCCAGGUGGAACAACUCUGUCUUACAGGCCCUGUGGAAAGAAAUCAGAUCCCACAGGGCCCUGGUCUCAUAAGACAGAGCGUUCCACCAGGCCAGAGCCAGUGUUGAAAAGGCCCUGGCCCUGGUUGAGGCUAAUCUGACUUCCUUAGGGCCUGGGACCUCUAGAGUGUUGCUAUUUAUGGACUUUAAGGUCCUCCGCGGGGCAUACCGGGAGAGGCGGUCCCAUAGGUACGAGGGUCCUUUGGUGACAGUUACUCACUGAAGAACAAGUAACACCGCAAGCCCAAGUGUUAACACGAAGGACAAAUUUGGUGAAAUUAAGCAGAGCUGAUUUUUGCCUUGAAUUAUUCAAGGAAGGCAGAGCUGGGUGGCACAAUUCUUCUUUCCUUUUGCUUACGGGAACACUGCAUUUCCACUUGCUCAGACGCAGUGGCCUCUUGAUCGCGCCUGUCAAGUGUGUUUCUCCUGUUGUGCUUCCCUCUAACCAGGCUUCAUUUCUGUAGGCAUGCUGAAACGUUUAUUUCUUAUGACAGACGCUACUUCAAUGUUGUCGCCUCCUCCUCCUCCUCCUUAAAAAUGAGUUUAAAGCCUGGAAAUUUAAGAAAACGGUACCCUUGGGCAAGCAAUCUUAGUUUUCCUGUUAAUAGUUAUUUUUUGUGCCAUGAUGCUUUCAAGCAUAGUUCCACACAAAUGUGGGCUUCAUCCUGCACUGCCGCUGUCUUCAGAAGAAGCGCUUUGGGGGUGGUUGAUAAACCACCUUGUUUGCUGACCUUGAGCAAGGGUAGUAAUGGAAUGGGUAGCAUUGUCUUCUUCCCUAUUUUUUUGACAGGGAAUGGGAAAACUUUAACAUAUGAGAGAUCAAUCUACCAUACAGGCAGGACAGUGUCUUAUACUUGAACCUACUUGCGACAACACUUAAGAUGACAAUCAAAGUCCAAAUUGUAGUACAGUGGUACCUUGGUUCUCAAAUGCCUUGGUACUCAAACAACUUGGAACCCAAACGCUGCAAACCUAGAAGUAAGUGUUCCGGUUUGCGAACUUUUUUCAGAAGCUGAACAUUUUCUGUUUUAAGUGCCACGCUUCCGUUUUGAGUGUUAACGCUUCCGAUUUGAGCGCCACACUUCUGUUUUGAGUGUUACACUGAGGUGUCUGUUUUUGCUAUUUAUUUUGCAUUUUUGUGGCUCUUUUUUUGUUUUUGUGACUGUGUGGAACCCAGUUCAGCUACUGAUGGAUUGAUUGUGUGACUGCAGUACAUUGUUUCUUGCUGUCAUUUUAUGGAUCAAUGGUCUCGUUAGAUAGUAAAAUUCAUGUUCAAUUGCUGUUUUAGGGGUUGUUUUUAAAAGUCUGGAACAGAUUAAUCCAUUUUGCAUUACUUUCUAUGGGAAAGCGCACCUUGGUUUUGGAACACUGGUUUUGGAACAGACUUCUAGAAUGGAUUAAGUUUGAGAACCAAGGUGCCACUGUAAAACAUACACACGCAAUCCCAGUUUUGUGAAGACCUAACCUUCUGAUUUCAGUGGUUUUCUCCUUGCAUAAGUCUGCCUCCCUUCUCCAACCUGGUGCUCUGCAGAUGUUGUUGCACCUGCGUUGCCAUCAUCCCAGGCCAUCCCUGAUGGGAUUUGGAGGACAGGAGGUUGGGAGAGCUGUUUCUCUUGCAGCUCUGUCAAUGGACACAAACAUUUCCUUGAAGUGGCAUUGGACUAAACCUUAAGGAAACAGCUCCAUUCCAUGGAAGGAAAGGCUUAAUUGGGCCAUGGUAGCCUCAUGCAGAUAUUCCCUGUUGAUUAGAGCUGGGCAACGUAUCAAUACGUCAUCCAAAAUCAGUCUGAAGUCCACAUUAUGGUAAUGUUUUCAUAAUAUUUAGUGGUAUAUUGUGAAUCAUCAUGUGUAUGUGUGUGCUAUGUAAAAAAAUCAAGAUGUGGGAACAACUGUGAAGCUGGUCGUCAUUUGUCUCAUUAUUCCUGCCACCCUCGUUGCUCAAUACUAUAAAAUCAUACAGUGGUACCUUGGUUUUUGAACGUAAUCCGUUCCGGAAGACCAUUCUAGUUCCAAAACGUUUGGAAACUGAAAACUUAAUCAGAAGCCUCAAUAUGGAAAACUCAAUACAGAAGUCACAUGGCAUGUUCAACUUCCGAGGCGCGUUUACUUCCGGGUUUAUGGUGUUCGAAAACCGAAAUGUUCGUCCAUCAGUGGAGAUGUUCAAAAACAGAGGUACCACUGUAGUUGUUAAAGGUAAAGGGACCUCUGACCAUUAGGUAAAGGGACCCCUGGCCAACUCUGGGGUUGCGGCACUCAUUUCGCUUUAUUGGCUGAAGGAGCCAGCGUACAGCUUCCAGGUCAUGUGGCCAGCAUGACUAAGCUGCUUCUGGCGAGCCAGAGCAGCGCACGGAAACGCUGUUUACCUUCUCACCAGAGCGGUACCUAUUUAUCUACUUGCACUUUGAUGUGCUUUUGAACUGCUAGGUUGGCAGGAGCAGGGACCGAGCAACAGGAGCUCACCCCGUUGCGGGGAUUCGAACCGCCGACCUUCUGAUCGGCAAGUCCUAGGCUCUGUGGUUUAACUCACAGCGCCACCCGCACCCCAACAGUAUGUUAAAGGUAAGUAAAAAUGUCUCAGUUUUAGACCCCUAAGUAGUAGCAGUUGCCAGUUCGCCUCUACAUAGUUCCAUCCUUAUUUCAGACAUCAUGAUAUAUCAAUAUAUCAUGAUGUUUAGCUGGUGAUAUAUCACAAUGGUGAAAAUCAGACAUCGCUCAACCCUACUGUGGAUGGAAGCUAUGCAUGGAGAAGGGGCUAGUGGAAGCAGGCUGCUGGUCCACUGCAGCAUUCUGCAAGGCAGUGGUUUCCCCUGCGAAUAUGCAUGCAUAGCGGAAAGCCUAUGCAUGAGCAGCAGUGGAUGCGUCUUAUGGAGACAUCUGAGCCAACACUAUGCAGGCAUCUUGGGGACAUGGCCAGUGAAAUUGGAAACAGGCCCAGCAGCACAGUCCCAUUGACCCCUUCUUCUGCAUGGAGGAUGCCCCAGUAGGAUUUCUUUCUAAUGCCAUUUGUGAAUGGGUGAUAGGAACACUACAUAUGAGCUCAUAGAACUGCAAUGCAAUAUUCAGAAUUUUGAAAUGGUAUCGCUCUUUUUGCAGUGGAUCAGGAAAAACAAAACCCUCUUAGAACGGAUUGCAACUAGUUUUAAAUACUACCUCUACCCACCCCCCCGGUUCUGCAUAGAUUGCGUAUAUCCCCUGGUUUAUUGCAAUAUUUAACAGUCUCCUGACACUGACUGUCAUUCAUUUCUGCUAAUCUGUACUCAGAACUGGCAGCAUAAAUGGCCCAUGGCCCUUCAGAGAACAAUAAAUCACAAAUAAAAAAUAUGUGUGGCUUUCCCUAGGACGUCAAAUGAAAUAAAAACAUAAGUGAGUCAUUUGAGACAGCUAUAUCAAAACACCUGUUUGGCUCAGAUACUUAUCAGAUAAGUUGUGUAAGCCUGUUCUCCGAAGCCUUCAUCCAGAGAACUUCCUCUUGGCAAUAUAACUUCCUUAUAUACAUGCCGUGCACAUUGAUAUCGCCACCCAACAGAACCGCUGAAGGUCAGUUUUAAACGAUCGCAUUUGCAAAAUGUCAGUGGCUGGCAAUUUCUUUUUAAAAGUGUGAGCAUGCCAAAGGGCUUUGAGCCAUUUUUUAAAGCAUGCAUUUAGAGCAGUGAUGGUUGAUACUUCUUGGGACUGCUGGGGUGGAAGUCAGGGAGCCCAGUGGUAGGUGGAAUCAGAGCCAAUGGCAGGCAGAGCCAUCUAGAAUUCUAGUUUUGUCCCCAUCCUUCUGCCUACUAAGUCCUAGAAGGGCAACAUUGAGACUAAGGAGGACUCAAAAGACAGGAAGUGCCAGCUACUACUUCCUGGUUGGAAGUAGGAAUGUGGUUGAGGCCAAGAUUGGUGAAGCACUGCUCCAUUCACCCCAAUGGAUCAACCUCUAUUGCUUUGGAUACAGUCUUCUGUAUGAAGGGCUGUCCACUCCACUUUCAAGAUAAAGAAUCCUAAGUAGGGAGAGCAGAGACCCUGGAGUUCAUAGAAUCAUAAAGUUGGAAGGGACCCAAAGGGUCAUCCAGUCUAACCCCCAUGCAGUGCAGGAAUCCUUUGCCCAACGUGGGGCUCGAACCCACAACCCUGAGAUUAAGAGUCUCAUGCUCCACCGACUGGGGUUAAUAUUUGGGCAGCAGCUCAUGUAGAGGGCCCAUAGCUCACCUGGUCACAGCUUUCCCCACUAUGGUGAGGUAAACAUUUCUAUUUACAGUGGUACCUCGGGUUAAGAACUUAACUCAUUCUGCAGGUCUGAUCUUAACCUGAAACUGUUCUUAACCUGAAGCACCACUUUAGCUAAUGGGGCCUCCUGCUGCCGCUGCGCUGCCACUGCAGAAUUUCUGUUCUCAUCCUGAAGCAAAGUUCUUAACCCGAGGUAAUAUUUCUGGGUUAGCGGAGUCUGUAACCUGAAGCGUAUGUAACCUGAAGCAUAUGUAACCCGAGCUACCACUGUACAUCACAAUAAGUACUUUUGAAAAUUGUAUAUGUACAAUUAACAUACUAACAUUUCACAGAAAUCUUGUCCUUGUUUGGUGUUUGUAUUAACCCUUUUGCUGUGGUGCAUGAGUGGCCCUCAGACCUCUUUUAAUAUGUCAAUUUGUCCGCUAUUUCAUUUGGUUUCCACAGUAAUGCCUGGUUUAAUUGUAAGAAUAAAAAAAGACCAUGGCGUAUAAAGGUAUUUCAAAAUGGGCUCCAAGUUUUUUCCCCUUUGUAAUAUUCUGAAAAACAUUGUAAUCUAACUGAGAUAUAAAUAUUAGCAUUAGGAACCUGCUCUGCCACAGAUAAUUCAACCUUGAAGCAACUCUAGUUUUGCAGCCCGUGGUUUCGAAGUGUAACUAUUCUCUUCCGGGCUCCAUUGCUCCUUUUGUAGAAAGCAUGAGAUUCCUUCCCCAGUUUUUCAUUCUUUCCACAUUUGCAUCUGUGCCAUCUACUACUUCAUUCUUGCGACUCCAGACUUGCUCUAUGUUACGUUUCACGCCUAUACAUAGUCUUGCAAAAGCGAAUUCGUGUGCUAAAACAGCCAAUUGCCACAUCCUGAAAAUUCAGGUCAGGAGCUUCUUCUUAACGCCAUUCCCAGGCAUUCUUAAACAGUCCACGGAGGGUCAGUGCUCAUUAGCUCCACUCUGUCCACCCACCAAUUCAGCCUUCCCCACAUUUAACAGAAAAGUUUUGAGGGGGUUUGUAAGCACCUUCUGUUUACAACGCAGGAAGGUCAGUGUGGAGUGGGCAGGGCUGGUGCAUAUGCCCCUUUUGCACAGAGGGUUUAAGAAUGCCUUGUGAGGGGGUCUAAAUUAGGGAGAGCCUGAAGUUCCAUGUAAAAAAGAAGCUUUGAUGCCUGGGAAAACAACCCAAUAUUCGAAAUGGAUGCUUACAUAUAUAUGCCAUGCUAGGAUGCUCUUGUAACUUGUUAAUUGUAGAGCAAACUUUUUCAGCAGUGGGCCAGUCCAGUGUCCCUCAGACCUUGUGGGGGGCCAGACUAUAUUUUUAGGGGGGGGAUGAACAAAUUCCUACGCCCCAUAAAUAACCCAGAGAUGCAUUUUAAAUAAAAGCACACAUUCUACUCAUGUUAAAAAUCCAGGCAGGCCCCACAAAUAACCCAGAGAUGCAUUUUAAAUAAAAGGACACAUUCUACUCAUGUAAAAACAUGCUGAUUCCUGGACCGUCUGUGAGAAGGCGAUUGGGCCACAUCCAGCCCCCGGGCCUUAGGUUGCCUAUCCAUAUUGUAGAGGUAGCACAGAAUGCCAAAAUCCGGAUCCCUGGAAUCCUUGAAACCAGGAUCUAGUCCUCUCAAUAAUUCUUACAAAAGCAGACCUAAAUAUACUGCUCUGAAACGACGUUUACUUUGAUACCAAAUGAGAACAAUGUUCUUCGAACUGGACUUUGACAUCUUUCUCUCUGUCUCUGCCUUCAAGGGCUUGGGCAUUGUCCUACUUUUGCCACCUUGUUUCCGUGUUCUGCUUGAUGUAUUUCCAUUACCGUGGGUACUAAGCGUUCUUUGUAUUUGGCAACUACCCUUAGUCUCUCCUUCAGGCCGUCGAUAUCUAUCACAUAGAAAGCAUUGUCCUUACCAAGAGGCUGAAAUGUAAGAUAAUGUCAGGAGCUGGAUGACAAAUAAUACUCAGUUGUCUUUGUUUGUUGGGUGCGCUUUUUUAAGGGGCGGGGGAAUGGGAGGUUGGGGGUCAAGGGAAGGAGAGAAACUUCUUAUUCCCCCCCCCCCCACCGCCCUGAAACUUUGCUGAUUUCCCAUUCCAUCAAAUAACCUUUAUUAUUUGAAAGGUAAGUUAGAUUGCUAGCACAUGGAAAUAAAUAUUCUGGGAUUGCAAGGAGAGAGAGAAAAAGUGCUUUUGGGAGUGAUUUGCAGCCAGCCAACAGUAUGAAGAGAAAAACUUGCAGGUACACUUCACCCCCUCUUGAACUCUUGGGGUCAAAUUUCUUGCUCAUUUAGAAAUGUAGAUCCAAGCUCCCACAAUGCUUUUCUGCUUAUAAUAUUCUCAGUUUGAAAUUACAACCAUUAAAAAAAGGAAAAUUACACACACACACACACACACACACACACACACACACAAACCCCUAAGAUGGAAGAAAUCAAAACUCUUCACCUGACUCUACUGGAAAUUAUUUACCGCACUUUUUUUUUUAAAAAAAAAAACAGCAGAAGUGCACAGUUAAUGCUGUUAUAGAGGGUUUUGUUUCCUUAAUCCAGGCCUGCACAACAUUCAGCCUGUGGGCAAUUGCAGUGCUUUCCCUGAGUGUCUGCUGCUCUCGGGGGUGGGGGCAUUUUAAUUAUCCAUUGUUUGCAGCCACCUAUUCCUGAGCUCCUUUGUGUGGUCUCUCUUCAAAUCCAAAGCUUCCCAGUGCUCACUCGGUGCCCAGUUGUUUUAUGCACAAGUUGUGCACAAGGUUUAUGCACAAGUUUUAUGCCCAGUUGUGUUUUAGCACAAGGAAGGGUCUGAAGGCCAUGCCACAAAAGCAACAGCAGGGAAGGAGGAGCCCUUUCACAACCCAUCUCCUUGGUUUCCUCCUUGCUGAGGGUGGAAGUAAAAGCGGCCGAGGAGAAGGGCUGUACGGAAGGCUUGAAAGUUUCCUUGGCUGGUUUGCUCACCUGUCUUCCUCUUGCCAGACCAGCUGAGGUACAACUGCACAUUCUCCUUUGGGCAGAACCUGCAACAACUGGAAGAGUUUCAGGUAGGGUUUGUGAGAGAGAAAUGGAGGAGGAUGACAAGGGAUCUAAAUCAAGCAAUUCAGUUUUAUUUUCCAGUAUACCCCCUUAAGCCUAGGGUAGCCAGCAUAGUACACUCCAGAUGUUGACAGACUAGGGAUCUGUUCAUUCCAGACCAUUGGCCAUGCUGGCUGGGGUGGAUGAGAGUUAGAGAACCGCAACAUCUGGACGGUUUCAUGUUAGCUAUCCCUGCUUGAAAGCUUAAAACGUUUUAAAAAUAUCUUUUAGGUGGGGUGGGGGUCUUAAGAGCUAAAGGUGACAUAACAGGAAAGUCCUGCUCCCCACUUUCAAGCACCUGCACCCCUUUGUUAAUUUCAAUUGACAUAGCAGUGCUACCGAAGGAAAUGUGUAGCUUUUUCUACUUGCUGCUCUAAAUCUGCGGCUUUCUUCUUCUUCUUCUUCUUCUUCUUCUUCUUCUUCUUCUUAUCACCAUCAUCAUUAUCAUCAUCAUCAUCAUCAUCAUCAUCAUCUUUCCUUCAGGAGGACAUAUGAUAGUUUGGGACAGGGCUUUUUUUCAGCCGGAGCUCAGCUCUGGUGGACACCAUUGCCAUUCUAAGAGAACAAGGGAGAGCUUCGUGGUGAACUCUGGCACCUCUUUUUCUAGAAAAACUGCACUAGUUUGGUCAUGUGAUCAGAAAAGCAGCAUUUGUAGCAAGGGUUAAAUGCUCCAUCCCCUCUCAUCCCCACUGUUCCAAUUAAAAUUAACCACCCCCUACUGCUUUGCUCUGUAUAUGCUUGUAUGUGUAGAUAGUAGUCAUUCUGAUUUUUUCGCAAGGACAAAGUUGCAUCAAGCAAUUGCUCUCCCAUCAGUUUCAGUUCAUGUUCCUGUCGUUUCCUUGUUGAAAAAAGGUGGUUUGGGGUUGGUUGUCCAAGAGCUCCAAAUCAGCUCUAAAUGUGCAACUUGGGUGUGCCGGUCUGUGAUUGACUCUCGCCCCAAAAUAGUGACAGUCUGGAAGUCCACUAAGAAUGGGGGAAGAGCAGACAGGAGUCCCUCACUCUGUAAGAAAUGGUUAAAUGGAUGCUGCUUGCUGAAUUACCGUAUUUUUCGCUCCAUAGGGCGCACCUGACCAUAGGGUGCACCUAGUUUUUAGAGGAGGAAAACACACACAAAAAAAUUCUGAAUCAAAUGUUGCACUAAACUAUUUAAAGCAGCAAAGCGGGUGGCUCCUGUCCACUUUGCUGCUUUAAAGCGAGCCUCAGAGGAGGGUAGGAAGGGGAACCAUGGCUUAUCUAAGUCCAGUUAAUAAUGCUGAGCCUGACUUAUGGCCAUCGAGAUUAGCCUGGCCGUCUCAGUGGAAAUCUGGGGAGGCUGAGGUGGACUUUCAGUGGUCAAAGUGUGGUUGUGUCUUCCUGCCCGGCAUCUAUUUCCUGCCCUCUUUCCCCCCUGCACCCCCGCACCCUGCUUUGAGGGAAGGAAGCGGAGCCAUGGAUCCUCUGCUCACAACUGCAGCGGAUUCCCUCCACUUUGAAGCAGGAAAGUGGGAGAGGAGCUGCUUACAGAGUGUAAGCUGCUCUCCUCCCACUUUGCUGCUUCAAAGGGAGCCCGGGAGGAGGGAAUCCGCUGCAUGGAUCCCCUUCCUUCCCUCCUCCGUGGUUGCUUUGAAGCAGGAAAGUGGGAGAGGAGCCGCUUACACGGGUUUAAGCUGCUCCCCUCCCACUUUGCUGCUUCAAAGCAAGCCACGGAGGAGGGAGGGACGGAUGGAAUCCCCUUCCCUCCCUCCUCCCCGGCUCAGGUCAGCAGCAGCGGCUCUUGCUGGCUUUACAAUGAGCCGGAAGAGCUGCGCAGAGCGUGUCAGCAGCAGCGGUUCUUGCUAGCUUCGCUCCAUAAGACGCACAGACAUUUCCCCUUACUUUUUAGGGGAAGAAAAGUGCGUCCUAUGGUGCGAAAAGUACGAUACUAUGAAAAGCUGUCUUUUUGCCAGCCCUUGUUUACCCAAAUCAAGGUCCAGAACCAACCUGGCAAUGGAAGUGAAACCUUUCGGACGUAUUUUAUCAUUCGGAACAAUUAAUGCUAGAUGAAGUGAUGAAAUGGUGACCUUGGGCUAAAGAGCUUUCCUCUCCCUGCCAUUAUCAAGUUUAAGAUCUGACCUCUACAUUUUGAUGUGCCUACAACUUGACCUUAAAGAGAAACUAUCCUUUACCUACCCAUCUCUAUUUGCAGGCCACCACCACCUUUUCCACUGGCUGGGGAAAGUUUUUUUUUACAAAGUGCUUUGCAGCCAGACCUCUCAGUGAAAGUGGCACACUCUGCUCCCACCUCUAGCAGAACAAUCUGCUAAUUCUCGCUGCUGGAAGAGGAGGUGGUGACAGCAGAGGGAGCAGACGAAAGAAUUGCCAGGAAGGGGGAUAGACUUUUGAGCUGUCAUCUGACAGUCCUGUUAGGAAGGCAGGCUCUAUGUGUCUGCUUAUGAGGACCAGAAGGCAUAAAUGCUGGUCAGGUCAGUUUUUAUUUAGCUUUGCUUAUGCGAGCCUCUUGGGACAGGGUGUUGAGCAGGAAGCUUGUCUGUUUUCCAACCGGUGUCUUAUGGUAGCAUAUGUAUGUUGAAGCUGAGAGUUUUAUACUGAGAUGUAGCUCAGUGGUAGAGUCUCUCUGUCUUGCAUGCUGAAGACCCCAGAUCCAAUCCUGGCAUCUCCAGGCAGGGCUUGGGUAUGCCUGCUGCUUGAAACUCUGGAGAGUUGCUGCCAGUCCCAUAGACACUUGUUGUUUAGUCGUUUAGUCGUGUCCAACUCUUUGUGACCCCAUGGACCAGAGCACGCCAGGCACCCCUGUCUUCCACUGCCUCCCACAGUUUGGUCAAACUCAUGCUGGUAGCUUCGAGAACACUAUCCAACCAUCUCGUCCUCUGUCGCCCCCUUCUCCUUGUGCCCUCCAUCUUUCCCAACAUCAGGGUCUUUUCCAGGGAGUCUUCUCUUCUCAUGAAGUGGCCAAAUUAUUAGAGCCUCAGCUUCAAGAUCUGUCCUUCCAGUGAGCACUCAGGGCUGAUUUCCUUAAGAAUGGAUAGGUUUGAUCUUCUUGCAGUCCAUGGGACUCUCAAGAGUCUCUUCCAGCACCAUAAUUCAAAAGCAUCAAUUCUUCGGUGAUCAGCCUUCUUUAUGGUCCAGCUCUCAUUUCCAUACAGCAGAGUUCAAAAUUAGCCAGGUGCAUUUUGCACCUAGCUUUCAGCCACUUUUGACCACAGGAAGAUGCCUGGGCACCAGGAAGAUGCCUGAUAUCUCUACCAUCUGGAGUUCCAUGAAGGGGGUCUGGAUUGUUUUCACACACUAAUACCACAUCCUGUAGAAUUCUAUCCGUUACAUUUUACCUGUGCAACCGGAAUGAAUUUCAGGAACCAAAAUGCUUUUUUCUUUGCUGUCUGAGCAGGAGCAGUGAACAACGUUACAGUGAAUUGUUGUAGCUUGUCUUCACUUAGCCCACCCCACUGUCCUGCUCACAGUCGUGAAGAAUAUCCCUACAUUAUGAAUGGUCUGUGUCACCAUUAAGAAAAAGAGGUAGUGGCAGGCCAAUAUAUAUGUGGGCUGUGUCUGGAGCAAGUGACUUUUCUUCUUUAAGUUCUCAAAGCUCUUAGCCUAGCUCAAGGUUGUCAUCUGAACUAGCCAGAUGCUUAACAAUCACAGUCAGUCUGUCAUUUGAAGAACUUUAGAGCUGUCUUGCCCCGAAAGGGCAAGCAGACAUUCCGUUUUGGUGUAAUCUUUGUUUAAGAAGCCAUUUGACACCUAGCUUAUAUACAGUACCUCAGGUUAAGUACUUAAUUCGUUCUGGAGGUCCGUUCUUAACCUGAAACUGUUCUUAACCUGAAGCACCACUUUAGCUAAUGGGGCCUCCCGCUGCUGCCGCGCUGCCAGAGCACGAUUUCUGUUCUCAUCCUGAAGCAAAGUUCUUAACCCAAGGUACUAUUUAUAGGUUAGCGGAGUCUGUAACCUGAAGUGUCUGUAACCUGAAGUGUAUGUAACCUAAGGUACCACUGUAUCUGAGUUUCUAGCACUGGUACACAGUGGUAAACUGGAUGAACUCAGUGGAAGUCAGCUUUCAAUGUUCCUGUGGAUGGAGGAGAACAGCCAUGUGAAGUGUUGGCAGCAAACUGGCUGCACUGGGAUUAGCCUCUUUUAAUGGACUCAAACAGCUGAUACUCCUCAAGCAGCCUUGUAUUUUGAUUGGUUGUCGGAUCACAUAUUUCACAGCAAUAUUAGCUGAGCUUUGUUGACAGCAAGGAGUUAACACACAAAGGACUUUGUUCUUGCCCCUUCAAAAGUCGCUGGGUCAGCCUGAAUGCUGACUCUGCAUGAUGAGAAUCUCAUUUUACCUUCUGAGCCAAAGAAGAACUUGUGCCAGGGAGUGACACUUGAUUCAUAAUACUGCCAGCGUUACAAGCAGGGCAAAUCCAUAUUCCAAACAAGGUAAUUAUGACUUUGGAGACAUCUCUAGCUUGCAAGCCUGCUCUUAUAUUGCAUCUUUCUUGAGUUACCAGUGAGUAUAGCUUCAGCAUCUCUCAUUUUGAUAAUUAUCAGUAGUGUUUCUUUGGAGGCUGUUGCUCUUACAUAAAACCAGGGAUGUUUUCUGUGACCAUAGAGGUAAAAGAGGUAAAAGAGGUAGUUUGUCCACUGCGAAGGCAGAGGAGCAUAUUUUAAAGAGGCAGGGAGUGACCUUUCUAACUUAAAAAAAAAAAACUACCCCAGUGAGCUUCUUAACCAUUCCUAGUAGCAGUUAGGAUCUAGAAGAAAUACCAAUGGAAAGAAUAUGGAAGAAAAUGAAUAAAGUGUCAAGCAAGCUACCUGAAAGGUAAAGUUAAAGGGACCUCUGACCAUUAGGUCCAGUCGUGACCGACUGUGGGGUUGUGGCGCUCAUCUUGCUUUAUUGGCCGAGGGAGCCGGCGUACAGCUUCCGAGUCAUGUGGCCAGCAUGACUAAGCCACUUCUGGAGAACCAGAGCAGCGCACAGAAACACCAUUUACCUUCCCGCCGGAGCGGUACCUAUUUAUUUGCACUUGGACGUGCUUUCGAACUGCUAGGUGGGCAGGAGCAGGGACUGAGCAAUGGGAGCUCACUCCGUCGUGGGGAUUCGAACCGCCGACCUUCUGAUCGGCAAGUCCUAGGCUUUGUGGUUUAACCCACAGCGCCACCCGCGUCCUGAAAGGUAGACUGUACCAAUAGGAAUCUUAUACAAUAGGUGUGUUUUCUGUUUAUAUGAUGACACCGGUGGUUAUGUGGCAUUUUACAGAGUACAAGAGGAGCUCACAAAUAAAUUUUAGGUCAGGAACAGGUGGGGGAAACAAACCAGGAGCUCUGCUUACUGUGGUGGCCAAGCAUUGAAUCCUGGGUAUUUUUUUUUAAAAAGCCAUGGUUUGUUGGCUUGCAUAUCCUAGCUUGUUGGUGAACAACUGGCCAAUAUUCUGGUUCAGACAUGUUUCCCCAGUGACAGCAAUGGGGAUUUUUACAAAACAUUUUGAAUGGGAAAUCAUCCUUUUUUGCAAAAAAAAAUAAUCCUGCGCAAAUUACAGUGUUUUCAGUCUUCAUCAGAAAAUUUCCAGUUCCCUGCAGAGGGAUCGGAUUUAGCAUGUUCAAUUUCCUUUUAUUUAGUAAACAAAGCUAUGAACUUGCCAAGAUUGCCUACUGCUGCAUUUUCAGCUGGCGCAUCCAUUCAUUGUUGCUAAUGAAUUUUAAGAAAUAUAAAAUUCCCACAGGGAUUUCCCCCUCUCCGCUUCACUGGCUAUAUGCCCUGUUUAUUGCGACGUGCAAACGUGGCUGUGUGGUUGUUUCAGUUGUGCAUGCUCAGAGUUCCAUUAGGGCAUUAGCUGGUUUUUGGACAGAUGUUCUGGGAAGCAGCCCCAGGCACAGGGCAGCAAGGGAGAAGUGAUGGAACUGUUGUAGGAUGCAGGAAACCUUUGAGCAGCUACAAGUGGUGGAACUAGAUGAGCAAAGGUCAUUGGCAGGAUUGUAUCAGGAGAUGGGGGUGGCGGGGGCAAGGCUAUGGAGGAGGUUGAAGGACCUUGCGCUGAAUGUGGAAACAGACAGAAAGAAGUAGAGAGAUAAAAUUUGCCGAAUCAUUUCUAUUGAUUUUUCCAGAUUGUACCUAAUCAGCCACAAAUUAAAACAAAUUUAAUACAGUUUUUCCCCAAAAUUGGUUUCCCGCCCUCUAUUCUUGAUGUGUCCAGUUUCCUCCUGUUGCUGCUUUAUUUUUUAAUACACGUUCCAUUAAACUACUUUAUCCCUAACCAUCAGCUAUCCACUUGCCUAUUCCUGCACGUGAAAUAUUUCAACAUUUGCAAUAUCUACAAGGGAGGUUACUCCACCAAGUGUCAAAUCCACAAUAGAUCAGUAAUGAUCAUUUCUAAAACAAAUUCCUUUCUUGGGUAGAGAUUUCAAUGAGUGGUGUUGCAUGAUCAGAGUGGUGACAGAGGCAUAUUAUUAUAGCAGCAGAGUGCUUGACAGAUGUGAGGAGACCCAGGUGAGACAGCGGAAGACCAAAGAGGAGGAGGCUGUAGUCUAGGUGAGAGAUUACCAUGGCGUAGACUUGAGUUCCUGCGGUGGGAAGGGCUGCAUUUUUUGCAAAGCAACACAAUGUAGCUGUGGACUCCGCAUGAGGAACAAAGGAGGGGGAGAAAAACCAAGGUUACACGCCUGUUCAACAGGGUAGCUGGCAACAUUGUCGACGAACAAAGAAAGUGUGCAGGGUGAAGCAGGAACAAAGAAAGGAGGCUUGGGAGGAAAGAUGAGAAGUACAGUCUUGAGAAGAUUGAGACUGAGACAACAAUGAAGCGUCCAAGCAGAAAUAUUGGAGAGACAGCUGGAGACGUGAGGUUGGGGCGAGGGAAAGGUUUCAGGGGGAGCUGUGCCAAAGACCUGGUGUAUCAAAAUCUCCACACACUGCCUUGAACUAGGAGAAAAGAAUCCUAACAAGACAGCAAGCAUAGAUUAAAGCCAUUCAAGCCUGGAUGUGGGUCUGUUCUGGACUGGCGUCUGAGCCACAAACACGAGUUUGAACUAGCCGGAAUUUCUCCUUUGAUCAUGUGGCUUCUGACAUCUUUUCAAAACUCUUCCGCAAGGCUAGCCUGCCAUUUCUGUACUGUGACUAAUUGUACCGUGCUGAAUUUCCCAGUGUAAUAGUUAUACUUUUGAACUCUGGCAGAGGAGAUGUUCUUUGGCUUGGCGGAUUGUGAAAGUCAUCUUAAUGGGGAGAGAUGUGGUGAGUUUUUUUGGUUGGGUUCAUCUGGACUGCAUUCUGCAGAUUACCUCUUAAUUCUCAGGGAAGUGCUUUGGCUAGCAGGCUCUAACUUUGUCAGAAUCACUUACGGCUUUCAUCCUCCAUGUGAGGCAGACCUCCUGCAAAGGCAUGAAGGGUUUCCAGGGGAAGACAAGCUCCUUUUAUAAUACCUUCCAACCAAUAUGAAGGAAGAGAUUGCACCCAGUGCCUUUUUUUCCUCUUUGCCAAUAAGCAACGGAGCCUUAUGUACUGGAAGUUACUUUUACAUCCUUGCAAGACUUUUGUCAUCUCUAAGCAGGCACUUCCUGUCCCACUUCUUAUUACUAUAUAUUUUUUUAGAAAAUAAUGUCCAAACAGCACAUGAGAGUGGCAUACCCUUGUCUUUAAAUGCAAGGUGGCCCUUAAACAAAAAUUCUAGCCAGGAAAUCAAAGCAACACUUUCUUUGCAGCAAAGGAAGAAUUGGGAGUAGACUUUGAGUGCACUCCCAAUUCUUCCUCCUUUUAUAUAAUAAUAAUAAUAAUAAUAAUAAUAAUAAUAAUAAUAAUACCCUGCCCAUCUGGGUAGAUUUCCCCAGCCACUCUGGGCGGCUUCCAACAAAAUAUUAAAAUACAACAAUUCAUCAAAUAUUAAAAGCAUCCCUAAACUGGGCUGCCUUCAGAUGUCUUCUAAAAGUCAGAUAGUUAUCUGACAUGAGAGCGUUCCACAGGGCAGGCGCCACUAACGAGAAGGCCCUCUGCCUGGUUCCCUGUAACUUUUCUUCUCACAGUGAGGGAACUGCCCGAAGGCCCUCUGCCCUGGACCUCAGUGUCCGGGCAGAAUGAUGGGGGUGGAGACGCUCCUUCAAGUAUACUGGGCUGAGGCUGUUUAGGGCCUUUUAGGUAUGGUUUGAACUUUCCCAUGCCUGAUAUGACAUCAAGGCCUGCAAAAGUGGAUGUGGUUUAUGCGAAACAACAUGGCGGACCACCCUGUGGUUCAGAGGGACUCCACCACAAAUCUUAAAGGGCCAAAGGAGUGUGGAGGUAGGAGGUGCUGGAGCCUUUCCCCAAGUCCCCCCCCCCCGCCUACCCAUGCACACAUAAUUGGGCUCAUCCUACUCACCCACAGAAUGUCAGAAGACAAUUGCUUCCCACUGAAGCCUCCUUAAGAAGGGUAGGCCUUCACGUAAUACAAUCCUUGUUGCAAAUAUCACACACUAUAGCUGGAAAAAGAAAGAUAAUAAAAAGAACCAUCACUGUUGCGAUGUUCCUGUUUUUCUCUGCAAUUUCUGUCAUGACCGUCAGCUUUUGUUUCCUCAGAGUUGGAGGAGACAGCAAAAUAUCAUUUUUCUUCCCGUUACAAAAGAGAAUGAGAGUUGUAUUCCCAGAAAUCCCUGCAGUUUCUUGGAAAGGGAAAAGAAAAGAGAAAAAGGAGGGACUGCUGCCACUUGAGCCGGUGGAUUAUUUUUUUAAUGGUUUAAUUGUUAAUUCAGAUCCCAAACGUUAUGUCUACAUAUUUGGGGAUAUACGUAACACAUCCACAGACACAGUCUCUCGCUCUCCAUUCAGAACACUGCAGCAGAUGUCAGGAGUUGGCACAAGUUGAGAGAGGGGAAAAACAUACACAAAACACUUUUGUAACAGCAUAGCUAAGGCCUCCGCAGUAUAUGAUGGUGGUAGCAGGUUCACAUUUUUAAAACAUGAGCCAGCCCCACCCAGAUAUAAUGCAGGAAGGAGGGAUAGUCAACUGAGAUUGAAAAACAGGGUCAAUUGGGCAAGCAGGGGACAAAAGCCUCCCAGACAGUUCAUAUUUUUAGACUCCCCCCCCCCAGCUCUUUUUUUGUGAAAGUAGUGUUUUCUUUCUUUUUAAAGAACUGAAUUCAGUUUAAGCAGUGGUUUUGCUUUUAUUUAGAUGUGAAAGCCUAGACAUAUUUGGAGAGGAACACAGAUACUAUGUACCAUUCACUAUCCUCAAAAAAUGAUCUUUCUAAAUAUUUCUAACAUUGUGUUUAUGGGGGGGGGGGGUUUAAACUCUAAAAGAAAAACAUUUGGGGGGCACACUGAGGAAAAACCUCCAACAAAGUAGUUUCCCUUUUGGGAUGAGUGAAAUGCUUUGAAAGACAAUAUUUUAUUCAUUCAGGGUGUGUAGUAUGAAGAAUUUUAUAUGCCAAGUUUUUAAAAAAUGUAUAUAAUGGUGUAUUUGAUGCAUUACACUGUAUACAUUUUCUCCAUGUUCUCCCCACCCCACCCACUGAAUGGCUUUAGAGACCUUGCAUCUCUUAAUACAUAUACAAAUAAAUUUACACAAGCACAAAACCAUUCUGGCUUAUUCCAUAGUGGUAUUAUGUAACCAAAUCAAUCAUUGUCAAUUCAGCCAAGUGAGAUGACCACAUGGAGAUUCAGGUGGCAAGUGGAUGACUCACCUGUAAAUGUUCUCCUCCCCAAGUUUCUAAUUACAAGGGGAAAGAGGACUUUCCUAUCUCAGUUUGUUUUGCAAAUAAUAUAUAUUUUGUAUGCAGUCUUUACCAUGUCAUGCUAUACUUGUUUACACUAGUAAACUCAGUUUAUACAGUGGUACCUUGGGUUACAUACGCCUCAGGUUACAUAUGCUUCAGGUUACAGACUCCGCUAACCCAGAAAUAGUACCUCGGGUUAAGAACUUUGCUUCAGGAUGAGUUCAGAAAUUUUGCUCCGGCGGUGCGGCAGCAGCAGGAGGCCGCAUUAGCUAAAGUGAUGCUUCAGGUUAAGAACAGUUUCAGGUUAAGAACGGACCUCCGGAAUGAAUUAAGUACUUAACCCGAGGUACCACUGUAUUGCACAAGCAUGGACACACACUGCUGUUAGAAAACAACUUCCUCCCCCAUGAUCCAGCGAUCUGGUGAGACAGUGGACACCUCACAGCUCAUGUGUGUUUGGGUCUUGUGUUGUGCUGGAGUGCUUGUCUCAGUGGUAAGGGAAAUGUGAUGCUCCGCAUUUUGACUGCUUAGUUUUGGAGUAAUGCCCCUUCUGCUUCCCUGCCCCCGGAAGCACCUUGGGGGAUCCCAUUCCAAUUGUUAACUUUUGUGAGUGUGGGCCAUUUUGUGACAUACCUACAGAGAGAUGAGCAAAUACCUUAUGUUUCACACAAUCUUCUAAUUUGCACGUUCCAUGCCUCUAAUUGUUUUGAGUUAUUCUUCCAAUCCAUUAUAUUGAGGGAGGAAAAUUAAAGUCCCAUUUUCCAUUAUUCUAGAAGUCAGUGUGCUUUAGUUCAAUUGCGUAGCAGAUCUAAACUUUCUAGCUAAUGUUGUUGAAGCCUGUUAAAAAUUUCAGGGAGGAUUUCCAUGUUAUCUGUGGCUGGACAGGAGUGUGCCCCACCAAAUCAAAACGUAUCAGCAAAGUUCAUGCCCUUUGUAAAAACCAUAGAAUUGUAGAGUUGGAAGGGAUCCCGAGGGUCUUCUAGUCUAACCCCCUGCAAUGCAGGAAUCUUUUGCCCAGCGUGGGUCUCGAACCCACAACCCUGAGGUAAACAUUCUCAUGCUUUACCAACUGAGCCAUAAGAGUACUUCCAGAAGACCUGUUUAUUGAGCAUUCGUUCUGAUUUGUUUAUGGGGAGGCUAAGACAGUGUUCCAUCAAAGCAGUUGUUGUCCCACACUGCCCACUUCAUUUUCCUGUCACUUUCCUUACAGCUAAAAGUUGGGGGGGGGUUGGGAGAGAGGAGAAAUUGGUUAGCUGUGCAAGACCUUCAAAUCACCUUUAAUCAUCCAAGCUUAAUUUACCAGCAUGUGAUUUGAUACUACUUGAAAUUAGUGACCAUCUAGAAGUGUCAUGAUCCUGACAUGGGGUAACUGUGCCCCUGAAGGACCAGGUGCGCAGCCUGGGAGUCAUUUUGGACUCACAGCUGACCAUGGAGGUGCAGGUCAAUUCUGUGUCCAGGGCAGCUGUCUACUAGACCCUGAGACCCUACUUGCCCGAAGACUGUCUUGACAGAGUGGUGCACGCUCUGGUUAUCUUCUGCUUGGACUACUGCAAUGCCCUCUAUGUGGGGCUACCUUUGAAGGUGACCCAGAAACUACAACUAAUCCAGAAUGUGGCAGCUAGACUGGGAGUGGCCACUGAGACCACAUAUCUCCAGUCCUGAAAGACCUGCAUUGGAUCCCAGUACGUUUCCGGGCACAAUUCAAAGUGUUGGUGCUGACCUUUAAAGCCCUAAAUGAUCUCGGUCCAGUAUACUUGAAGGAGCGUCUCCACCCCCAUCGUUCUGCCCAGACACUGAGAUCUAGCACUGAGGGCCAUCUGUCAGUUCCCUCACUGCGAGAAGUGAGGUUAGGGGCCUUCUCAGUAGUGGAGCCAGCCCUGUGAAACGCCCUCCCAUCAGAUGUCAAAGAAAUAAACAACUAUCUGACUUAUAGAAGACAUCUGAAGGCAGCCCUGUUUACGGAAGUUUUUAAUGUUUGAUGUUUUAUCAUGUUUUUAAUAUUUUGCUAGAAGCUGCCCAGAGUGGCUGGGGAAACCCAGCCAGAUGGGUGGGGUAUAAAUAAAUCAUCAGCAUCAGCAUCAUCAUUACCUGAGUUUUAUUUCAUGCAAAAAAAAAAGAAAAAGUGAUAUUCCCGCUCCUGAGUGUGUGUGUGUGUGUGUGUGUGUGUGUGUAUGGGGCGAGGGGAACCUACUAAUGCAAAUCUGGGGGGGAAACCAUCCUUAGUAUAGCCAUAUUGCUGAUAGUGUGGAUUAUGUCAAUCUUGUUAAAGUAGCCAGUUGCAUACUCCUAUUCCUGGGGUGAGCAGAGCAGAGCUCAGAAAGGGGAGGUAGUUCUGUGGCAUUAUCCAGCAUUGGGUGGUGGCUGUUGUUGUUUAGAGAAAUACAGUGAGAAGGGAUGAAUACUUGCUUUCCCACCCAAGAGGGGAGAAAACAGGAGACGCUUGGGGGUGGGUAUAUGGAAAUGUUCAUGUCAAAGGUUGAAGCAGCUGAACAACAUUGCUGAGGUUAUUGUGAUGUGUGAAUAAACAACUGCAACAAAUGCCCUUGGAGUACGCUGUUUCCUUUUAACAAUUUAAUAUUGAUUUUAUCUCAGCAUGGGCCUGUGAAACCUUUUGUUGCUGCGAAUCUUGCCAUUUCUUCUGAUACACACACCCUGUUUGAAAUGCCCUGCCUGGUCUUGUCUGAAUGUAGCAUUGCUGGCUACCGAGAGAUCUCAGUAACAUAACUCUACAGCUCCAUGAAAUGUGAGUUCUUUGCAUAGUUCAGGGUUGGCGGGGGGUAGCAGCAGGACUCCUUUGUGUGUCAGUAACUGGGAAUUGGUGGCCGUGACGUGGGGUUGCCAUAUGUCCUCUUUUUCCAGGACAUGCCCUCUUUUUCAUGGGUUUGUAAAAUGAGAAUCGUCAUAGCGAUCCGUAGUUAAAAGCAGAAAGUCUGCAAAUGUAUCCUCUUUUUUGCUCUUCCAAAUAUGGCAACUCUAGCAGUGUGAACAGCUCAAAAGUUGCGAACUUGCACAAUAUAUGGGACGGACCUGGGAGAUACAGUGUGACUACUUUAGGGAAAGAAGGUAGUUCUGGAACGCUUUACAAAGAGGAGUGUUUUCUUAUUAACCUCUGUGUUGAUUGUGCUUUAUUAUUCUGUGCCUGCAUCCCGUUUAGUGGUAGAUAAUAUGUGUGCAUGUGUGUAGCUGCCUUAUACUGGUCCAUCUAUUCCAGUAGAAUAAUAGAAUUGUGGAGUUUUGACAGAACCCAAGGAAUGCAGAAAACUCAGCUAAAGCAUCCAUAGCAAAUGCCAUCCAACCUCUGCUAAAAAACCUCCAAGGAAGGUAUUAUGUACUCUGCUUAGCAAUGCUUCAUCCAGGCAGAAGUCUUCCCAGUUGCCAGGGAUCCUUUGAACUGAGGAUGCCAAAGAUUGAGUCUCUGAAUGCAGUAAAAUGGUUCUUGACUGCGCUUUGGUCUCUGCCAGUUAGGAAGAUGUCAACACAGCACCACAAGUGUUGGUGCUGACCUGGUAACUGGAGACCUGAUCUCUCUCUUUCCCCCCUUAAACACAUCCACCCACCUCUGGACAUUGGUGCAACAGCAGGCAGCAAAGAGUACCCUCAUUUUCAGAUGCUGCAGAGCUGCAUGGUUUUGAUAGUGCGACCCUCCUCUAUGCAUACUGUCGAAAGGUGAAGUCCCAGGAAGGGUUUACUUGACAAGCUUGGUUCUGCUGUGCUUAUUUGGAAGGUGGCAUUAAGUCAUUAUAAGACACUGUUUAUUCUGCUGUGUUUAAACUUGGUCUGAAAUAUCAGGGCUGCGGGUAAGCUUUAUUUGGCAACUCUCAUCUUUUGGUUAAAUGAGCUGCUGCUAUGGUUUCGCUGUACAUAGACUUGUUUUGUUUUGUGCAUACAUACAGACACACAGACACACACAGACACAGAGGCCAAAAAGUGACUCAGGAUUAUUUAUAAAGUAGGAGAGGAGGAAGGCAGGUGAAGAGUCCCUUUUUAAUUAUAAGUGUUUCCUGUGCAGCUACGAGCUAUAAAACAAGUUCCUGCUGCAUCUGUUUCAGGCUUUGACUUGUGAAUAUUGUUUUUCAGUAUCCAAGUAAAGUAGAGAUGGCUUCCAUUUUGUCUCUUUUCUUGUACGCUGCCUUCAAGAUGGCAGGAGAUGUUUUUAAAUACGUCUUUAGGGAUGUAAACUUUAUGGUGUGCUCUGUUCAGCGUCAGUGUCUUCUCCCAUUAUUUUUGGUCUUCCUGCAGCUCUUAACUACUGAAUGCAAAAGAAGUCUUACAAAGUUACGCCAUGCUUUAUGCAUUUGAAACUCCAUAAGGAAAUGUGUAUCUAACGUAACGUUUUGCGGAAUUUCCCUAAAUCUCCUUUAAGCCUCCCUUGCGAUAAGUAGAAGAGUACCAUUUAUAAAUGCACAUUUAAAGUAGUAUAGGCUCCUUAUUUGUGUCCUGGCCUUGGGAAAUGCAGAAAGUCAUGUUAAUACCGUGAUGUGGGUUCAACAGCACUCUUUCCACCUGUGAUUCAGAGGUAUACUGACAGUGGAGCAGCCUUCAGUGCAAAAGAUGGGCUGUAAUUCCCCAAAUAUUCCUGCAAAAAUCUUCCAAGUGUUCAGAGGAAUACUUGGGGAGCCUGUGGCCUUUUGGUUGUUGCUGGACUCCAACUCUCAUCAGCCACAGCCAGUGCGGUCAAUGCUUAGGGAUGAUGGGGUGUUGCAGUCUAGCACCAUCUAGGGAGCCAUGGAUUCCCACACCCACGAAGGUAUCUCAUGCUAGUUUAAACUGUAUCCUGAUAGCAGCAUUUCCAUAGAAAAGAGCAAAAUAACUGUUUUCUCCCCAUCUUCCAUAUAGGUUGCACAAUGACGUCUCUGGAUGAAACAAUCAAUAGCUAUCUGGAUGUUUGGCUUGGACCCAGAGGUAGGUGGUUUAUUUGGGAGAGGGUGGGCUACCUAGUUUCUGAUUACUUGCCAAAGGUUUUUAUGUUCCUGAAUACAGUGACAUUUAAAAAAACUCUUAACUAAGAUGUUGUGUAGUAGUCACUGGAAUGAGGACUGAAAUCCCUGCAUAGUUGGUUUUUUUGUUUUGCUUUGCUUUGUUUUGGCUUGCAAUGGAUAAAAGUGCUUUAUUAGAUGUAUACUUUUAUCGUUGUUGGAAUUCAAUACAAGGGGUGUUCUGAUUUAUGCCACUUUAGGUAGCUAGAUCUUUUGGAGAGGUGGCCUAUAGUUACAUUAAUAAAUAAACUCCCCAGCAGCAGCGUCAGUGAGCGAAUAGCAUAUUUCUGCGCUGAAUUCUUCUGUGUACAAAAUAGCUCCUUUUAAGACUCUGCCUCUGUGGUUCUGUUCCCAUGGAAAGCACAGUCACGAACAAAACGAAAUAGUUGCCCUUUUUAUGUGUUUGCUUAGACAUAUUGCAUUUGAGGCACCCUUGCUGAUCUCACCCUCCGCAUCAGCUGAGUUGGCACAAAAAUUGAGCCCGCAUGUUCCGAUGACCCUGCAGGGUGAGAAUUCUGUAGUGACAUUCGGUCCUGACGUCAGAGUGGAAAACACAUGAAUGAGGCAGCCCAUUUAUGUUAGCACAUGUUCAAAAACUCCUGUCAGUUAAUAGACUCAUAAACAUUACAGCUAUCGGAAAAUACGCAAUUGCUCUUGCAUUUGGCGUAUGUUAAACAAUUGUGGAAGCAAUGUAUCCAAACUGAACCGCUGAAAUGCCAUUGAUAUCUGUGGGAAAUAUAAAAGCUCAUAUUGUAGCUUAAAUGACAGAACACACAAUGCUGUAUGGAGAAAGACCCAAGUUCGGUGUUCAAAUUUAGCCAGGCGCCAGGCAUGUUUUGCGCCUGACUUUUGACCGCUUGUGACCAAGUGAAGAUGCCCUGAGCACCAGGAAGGCAACUGAGGUCUCUACCAUCUGGAGGUGCAUGCUUGGGGAUCAUUGGAUCUUGGCUGUAGAAUUCUAUCCGUUACAUUUUACCUGCACAACGGAAUGAAUUUCAGGAACCAAAAUGCUUUUUCUGUGCAGCCGGAGCAGGAGCAGUGAACAACAUCAUAGUUAAUAGUUGCAGAUUGUCUUCACUUAGCCCACCCCACUGCCCUGCUCACAGUUGUGAAGAAUAUCCCUACAUUAUGAAUGUUCUGUGUCCCCAUUAAGAAAAAGAGGUUGGAAUAGGUCAAUAUAUAUGUAGGCUGUCCCUGAAUCAAGUGGCUUUUCUUCUUUAAGUUCUCAAAGCUCUAAGCCUAGGUCAAGGUUGUCACCUGAGCUAGCCAGAUGUUUAACUGAGAAUCAAUCCCAGUCAUCUUCAUCCUUUGAAAAAUAAGACUUUAGAGCAGGGUUUCCCAAACCUGCGUCUCCACCUCUUUUUGGACUACAUUUCCCAUCAUCCCUAGCUAGAAGGACCAGUGGUCAAGGAUGAUGGGAAUUGUAGUCCCAAAAAACCAGAUGGAGACCCACAUUUGGGAAACCCUGCUUUAGAGCCAUCUUGCUCAAAAUGGCAACUAUACAUUCUGUUUUGAUGACUGUAAUCUUGGUUUAAGGAGCCGUUUGGCACCUAGCUUAUAUAUCUGAGCUUCUAACACUGCCCAAGUUUGCUUCCUGGUGUUUCCACUUAGAAGAUCUGAGAAGGCUUCUGCUUAUGACCUGUGCGUGUUGCUGCCCAUUAGAACAGAUAGCAUUAUCCUAGCUGGACCAAAGUUCUGAUGGUGUAAGACUGGGCUCUCCAGAUGUGACUGGGCUUCCGCUCUCAUCAGCUCUGCCCAUUGGCCAUGCUGGCUGGGGCUGAUAGGAGUGCUAUAACAUCUGGAGGGCACCAGGUUCCCCUUCCCUGGUAUAAAGCAGCAUCAUAUCAUCAAUUUGCUUAACUCUACUAUGACACACCCAUGGGAAUGAAAGAUGCUCCGAUUUUCUUGGAUCAUCCCCAGGUUUCCAAAACAUGAAAGGCCGCCCCCCCCCCCCCAAGAAAGUGCAACUCCUCGGAAUAUAUUUUUCAGAUUCAACAGCAAAGCUAAAUUGUGCGAACAUGGGAUCUCGGAUCUCUUUAUAAUAUAGUAUUUAAGCACUAUUUAAAAUAUUUACAUUCUCCUUAUUUUGCCACAAAGCCUGGUAGUUCAGAUGGGUGGGAAUCAAUCAAACUGAGAAAGUGGCAACUUGGAAGGUGAGGCGAGCAUCUUGGCUCUGACAAAAUCCAUCUAAUUUCAGAUAAUGGGAGUAAUGGAGAUGUCAGGAAGGAGCGAAUGAAAAGUAACUUGGAAUAUAAAAGCACCUGGUAUCAAGAUUUGAGAGAGAAGUAGGAAAGGCUAGUGUGUCAGGUGCUCCUUCAGGGAGCAGCACUUUUGUAAAGGGAGCAUAAUUAGUUGUUUAGCAACAGAGCAAUUAAAUAAACCUCGCCACUAGUGUGGGGUUAGUGUUAAUUCAGAGCAACGGGCUUUUCUCACUGUAUCUCCCAGCUAUUAUUCCUUUGGCUUCUCUUAGAAAAGACUUGCUAAAGGGGGAACCAAAUCUCCACACACACCAGAAACCACUAGCACAGAUUGUCCUCCCAACUUCCUUUGGUCUGAAAUGUUGGUAUUGAAUCUGCUCAGACGCUCUGGAGCAACUGCUUCCACAACAUGCAUAAAUGUGCACCCUUCCCUUUCCUAACAAUGAAUAUUCCGCCAGUCUUAAGUCUCAGAAGUCUUUGAAAUUGCCUUAAUCCAGAUAACAGUGUUGCCUUUGUGUUCCAUUUCAGAUCCCAGAGUAAAAGGAUGGUUUCUCCUGACCAAUUACACACCUACCUUCAUCUUCACCGUCUUAUACUUAUUAAUCGUAUGGUUAGGACCAAAGUACAUGCGGAACAGGCAGCCGUUCACCUUCAGGGGUAUUCUAGUGGUCUAUAACCUCGGGCUUACGCUUCUGUCCCUCUAUAUGUUUUAUGAGGUAAGAAAUGAAGAGGCUGUGCAUUUUUCUCGCCUUGCUUGUUCCAUGCUUUCAUACAAAAUAUCGGGUUCAGGAGGCCUCUCCGAAUAAUACAGAUUCAGAAGACUUCUAAAAGCAACUGGGAAUGGCUCCCACCAAAUCUCUGUUUUUGCAAGGAGUUCCACAGGGCAGAGCCUGCCAUACAAAAGGCUCAGUCCCUGGUAAGGUGGCAGAAAGGAUGUGAAGGGAGAGAGUCUAUGUGCUGACCACCUCCAUCGCAAGGAUGCUUCAGAAGGGAGUUGCUGCCAGGAACAUUAUGUGCAGGUGUAUUUUGAUGCAUUGAACAGAAUGAAAGUUUAUGAGUCAUGGUGGAGGGGAGAGCAUAUGCGUACAAAUUCAACAGAGCUUUGUUUGUUUUGUUGCCAUUCUAUACAAUUUAUGCUGUAUUUGUGAUGUUCCAUUAUGUUAUUUUUAUCUUUUGUUUGUAAGCUGCUUUGGGAUUUAUUUGAAUAAAAAGCAGCAUAGAAAUAGAAUCAAUCAAUCAAUCAAAAAGGCCAGUCAAACCUCAGGGGCGUGUGGGACCACCAGCAAAUGCCCCAUCAGCGAUCAAAGUGGAUAUAUUUGUCUGGAAGCUUGGACUUCACAAUCCUUGUAAUAUAUUUCCUUCUCUCUCCCCCUGCCCCCAACUUUGGUAAACUUUGACCAAUUGUGACUCCUAAAAAGUUAACCAUUAUAGUUGCACAGUUCAUACAUUUACAGGCCACCAACGCCUUUCUGGUGGCAGAGGAACAUAGUCUUCUAAGCUCAUCCUGCAAAAGCUUUACAUGUUUGACUGUAGCACUUACCUCAAGUGCGGUUUGGCAGAGAAAGUGGCUUAUACAUUCCUGAAAUAAGUGAACAAGCAGGGCUGUUCCACACAUGCCUGAAUGCACAAAGCCCUCGUGCCGCAUUUUAUGGGAGAUGUGUGGUUAAGUGACGGAGACCAUAACCUGCUCCUAUGUCACGGCAAGCAGCUCGGAAGACCAGAAAACUGCAUGAAAUGAGUCUCUAGCAAACACAUCCUUUGAAUAAUAGUUACGUAGAAUGCUAUGAUAUUAGAAACGCAUGUUGUUGUUUUGGGGGGGAAUUAUUGACAUUUUCACAAUACCAUAAAAAAAGCAAACUAAUCUACAGGAAAUACAAUAAAGAAAGAAACUAAAGGAAGAAGGAACAGGAAAAAAGAAACUACUCAUUGCUUAUAUUGUAACUUGCAUCCCCUACAGAGGAAGGUGUGCCCUCCCAGCUCUCACCUGGCCCCAUCCCUCUCUUCCCACAGCCCCUCAUCCCUCUGGUAUCUCUCCUUACCCACCUCUCACACAGGGUUCUCAAACUGUCCUCUCCCUUAUCUGUAUACAGUUCUUGUUGUUUCGUCAUCUUAGUCAUCUUCAAAUCUCUGUGACCCCAUAAAUCAGAGCAUGACUUGGAAACUCUCACUUUCUUCUCAAAGCUUCUCUUUUUCUUAUGUCCAUUGAGUUUUCUUGGCAAAAUACUGGAGUGGUUUGCCAGUUCCUUCUGCAGGUGGAUCACAUUUAGUCUAAACUCUUGUCUAUGACCUGUCUGUCUUGGGUGGCCCUUCACGGCAUAGCUCAUAGCUUCUCUUGAGUUAUUCAAGCCCCUUCACCACAACAAGGCAGUGAUCCAUGAAGGGGAUACAGUUCUUACCAAAGUACAAAGAGACAGAAUAAUAAUAUGAGAAUAACAAUAAACCACCGAGGGAGAUAAAAGUAAAGAGAGUAAAAAGAAGAAAGAAAUAGAUAAAAGGACCUCCAGCUACCAAUCUGUCAGUUGUGUAUUUGAUAUUUCUUGAUGCUGAAUCUAGGUUAUUCAAUUAUUCCUCCCCUUGCUAGAUUUUGUUUUUCCAGCCUUCCAUCCAGUGCUCUCCAGUUCCAUUAUCAGUUGCUUUCCGGGGGGGGGGGGGAGGGCGGCAUGCCAUGUUCUUGGUUUGCACAGAAUGGCCUUUCCUUACCUGGGGAGACAAGGUUUGUUUUCCCAUUCUAUAAAGGUCUGGAGGCUCUGUAGCCUAGUUAUUCUGGCUUUGGUUGGUACCUGAGUAGGAUGUUCAUGCAAAGUGUUCUAAAAGAUCCCGGCUAAAAUGGGAACAGGAGCAAAUGUGCUAGAAUAGGAGUUCAGAAUCUUCUGCAAAAGUGGCAUGACAGUCUUAAGCAGUUUGUUCCCACUCCUUCUCCCUGCAGGAAAAACCUCACAACAAACAGCACCUCUCGGGAAGUUAGAUACCCAACUUUUUAUAUUGCUUGGGAAACGCCUAAUUAUUGCAGAUACGACAGGAGCAGUUUAUUUGUUUAGAGAUCAUUAGUCUUCAUUUACUUUUCCACUUAAACAUACUUGCUGUGUCAAAGUAGGUGUUCAAGUGAGAUAGUGGCAUCUGUGGCAUGUGUUCCGGAGCAAAUAUUUUGGCACCAGGAUUACCCACAAUGAACACAUCUACGCAAUCCUUUCUCCUUUAGAACCUCACAGGAAUGCAUUUUCCCCCCUUCUGAUUUUUAAUUUGAAGGGAAAUAUCUGGCCAAACAAAUAACUUCAGAUACUGCGUUUGGAUUUCAGGGUCAUGUUGCCUUAAUAGAAACGGUACAUUUUAAAAUGUACCUUUUGUGUGUUUUUUGAAAGCAAAAUAAAAAUAAAAAUCUGUUACCUGCUCCUCCCUCUGUGACACCCACCCACCUGGUAUUUUAUUUUUUUAAAUCCCUUGUGUCAUUGCUAAUCACAUUGUUAACCUAAUGUGUGGUUAGACCCUUCAAUCAGUAGCCAAGGCUCAACAGAAUAUAGUAGACUAGUUAAUAAUGCCAGUGAUCUGCAAGAAUGGAAAAGGUGGGGAAAUCUUGACUUCUGUGAACAGAUAAUAAUUUAGGAUGCUGUAGUAGUAAGGGGCUUUCUAAAUGGUGGGCACAAAUCUGCAUUAUGUAUAGAAGGGUUUUCUUUUGUUUUGUUUGACAGCAAAGACAACGCACAAAUACACCAAAUUGCUGCUGCUGUAGAGCUUGUGGGAAAUCCUGUAGGGAACAAUUAAUGGUCAAGUCCUCCUUCCCAUGUGUGCUCAAGCCUCUUUGUCAUUUCAUAUGUAAGAUGAGAUAACUGAAUGCAGUGGCAGCAGGAAUGGGCAGCAGGUUGCUAUGGGGAACUUGCAAACUAUAAAUGGAGAACGUAUUGUUUGUGGUAUUCCCAAAGCCAGAGUUUCUUGAGAUCGUUUGAAUGGAAAUUCUGCAGAUAAUGAUUAUGCUAUCAUUGGGUAGUACUCCCACCCCCACCCCCACCCAACAAAAAGUUAGAGUAUCUUGUUUUCAAAAUGCAUGUUUUUAUUUUUGUACUGGAAACAAAGCAGUAGUUUUAUAGUGAGGUUAGGUGGGGGGGGGGAUGCCAAAAGAGAGCUGCUUAUUACAUUGCAUUUAUAUUUUUGUUCCACCCUCUUCAUCCAAACAGUUUGGAAAGCAUAUUUAAUUUUAUCUUUCCUGCCCCCGCCCCCCGCAGUUUUAUCCACCCAACAGCCCUGUUAGGUAGUCCAGGCCAAUAGAAAGUGACUGCCUCUAGGCCACCAACUAAGCUUUGUGAAUAUGAACUGACCAAGUCCUGGUUCAGCCACAAGAGCUAUAUCUGAUUUCAUAAAAAUGCAGAAAUCUCAGCUGGAGAAAUCUCAGGCAUGCUAAAGCAAUGAGUCUUGCACAUUUAGAACCGUUUAUGGAAACCAGUUGACAUUCACUAUAUGUGCCCUCUAAAUGUUGAGGUUAGUCCUUUGAUUUUAAAAUGCUGUGUGUGGGUUUUUUUUUGGGGGGGGGGUCAAGGAAGAUAUAUUACAUGAAGUUCUAGAUAAACAUUUUUCAGAAGAUGUUAUCUAAAUUAUAAAGCCUGGCCUCUUGCCUUGAGUUGAGUUUUGUUUUGUUUUGUUUGCUGGCCCAGCCAAGUCAAUACUCCUGAGAUUUGAUAAGUAUUUUUGUCAAAUCUAAAAUUAUAUUUUCAUGUUUUCUUGUAAGGAAGCUUCUUGUGGUCAAGUCAAGAAGACUUGAAAUAGAAGUCUGAUGGAAAGACUGUUUCCGAAUCAGACUCUACUCUCAUCCUGCUUUUAUAGAAGGCCCUCUUAAAGAUUAUCAAUCCCCCCCAUAAGAGAUGCAGGCUAUUUCAGCACUGUGAUGUGUACAUACAGUGGUACCUCAGGUUAAGUACUUAAUUUGUUCCGAAGGUCCGUUCUUAACCUGAAACUGUUCUUAACCUGAAGCACCACUUUAGCUAAUGGGGCCUCCUGCUGCUGCCGUGCUGCCGGAGCACAAUUUCUGUUCUCAUCCUGAAGCAAAGUUCUUAACCUGGGAUACUAUUUCUGGGUUAGCGGAGUCUGUAACCUGAAGCGUAUGUAACCAGAGGUACCACUGUAUCUCACUUUUACCUCUAGUGGAUAGGUUUUGCAGGUUAUUGGAUAGCAGACAUUUCCAAAACCUGACUGAGUAGUGCAUGAUAGGGAAUCUCAAGCCCAAAGGCCCCUCUGUCCAGCCCUUGGGAGGCAACACCCACCAGCAGCCCUACUCUGUGCGCUCCUUCAGUGAACUCUUAGAAUCAUAGAGUUGUAAGGGACCAUGAGGGUCAUAAUCUUAAUCUUAGGGCCAUGGGUCAAGCCCCACGUUGGACAAAAGAUUCCUGCAUUGCAGGAGGCUGGACAAGAUGACCCUCGCUGCAAUGCAGGAAUCUCAACUGAAGCACCCAUGAUAUAUGGCCUUCCAAUCUCUGCUUAAAAACCUCCAAGGAAGGCGAGUCCACCACCUUCCGAGAGAAUCCAUUCUGCUGUCGAAGAGCUCUUACUGAUGUUUAGUUGGAAUCUCCUUUCUUGUAACUUCAAGCUCCUACCCUCUGAAACGGGAGCUUGCUCUAUCUUCCAUGUGGCAGCCUGUGAUGAUCGCACAGGGUCCCCGGACGUUUAACGGUCUAUUGAUCCCUGUGCCACCACUGUGCUCGCUUCCCCGCUGCCACCAACCAGUUACUCUCUGGUAAAACACUGAGUCUAGUCAGUUGUUAAAAGUGAACCAAAAAAAACCAAGUUUAUUUUACAAACAUUAACAAAUUUAUGGUUUCUCAAAUAAUAUUCCUGUCAGUAUCUUAACUUUAGUUUCUUUACCAGCCUAUACCUUCCUAAUACCUUCUGACUGAUUAUCUCAACUGUUUGACUGACUCCUCUUAACAAAUUCUCUCCCUCUCUCACACCAGACUAGCCCAACCCACAGACUUAUCUUCUCUGUCUCUCCUAACUCCAGACUGUCUCUUCAGCAACUCUAACUCUAACUCCUGACUUCUCCCCUUGGGUUCCCAUUGGUUAGUCAUUUUACAAUUAGUUAACCCUUUCCUUAUGAACCCAGUAUGAUGUCACACACCUAGGAGGGCAAACGCCACACAGCCCUUUAGAUAUAUGAAGUUGGCUAUCAUAUCUACUCUCAGUCUCCUCUUUACCAAACUAAACAUUCCAGAUUCCCUCAUAGCAUUUGACUUCCAGACCCUCAAUCACCCUCCUCUGCUCACAAUCUGGCUUGUCAACAUCCUGCUUAAAUUGUGGCACCCAGAAUUGGACACAGUAUUCCAGGCGUGGUCUGACCAAGCCAGAAUAGAAAAAUUCUCCCCCUCACUCUCCACUCUUUUAAAAGCUGUUGUUUGCCUCCAGCAUCUAAUGAAACUGCUUUUGGGGGACUUUUACAUUAAGGUCUUGUGAAUAUGACUUUGAUUCUUUUAAGUUCAUUUUUUAAAUAUAUAUAUAUAUAAAGUAUUGUAAAAAUGUGCAAUGUUGUCAAUGGGCUUCUUUCUUUUUCUUCCUUCAUUUAGCUGGUGACAGGAGUAUGGGAAGGCGGAUACAAUUUCUUCUGUCAGGAUACGCACAGUGGAGGCGAAGCUGAUAUGAAGGUAACAUUAUAAGCUGACUCUACUGUUUUGCUUUGCUUCUUGCAUUUGGAGCGAAGGUCAGUACAGUUCUUACAUAUUUGGGAAGGACAUGUACCCUUCUCUGUUAUUGCCAAAGGAAAGGCUUUGCUGUAAUUUGCAUGGUUUGAUAGUGCCUUGAAAGGAAAGUUAGUGCAUCGUCACUAAAUCCAUCUAGUCCAUCCAGAGUUUCCCAAACUUGGGUCUCCAGUUGGUUUUGGACUACAGCCCCCAUCCAUCCCUGAUCUGCUAGCUAGGGGUGAUGGGAGUUGUAGUCCAAACACAGCUGAAGGCCCAAGUUUGAGAAACCCUGAUCUAGACAUAUCUGAACAUAAAGGAGUAAUGCAAGCACCCAUUGUUGAUAACUCAAGGCUUGUAAGAAGUACAGCCCGCUCUGUUCUGUGUAUUGCUACUUAACGUAUGUUUUCAGUGGAUCUCUCUGAAAUUCCUAGCUUGAAACUCCCUCGUUUUAUGAGGAGCCUGUCUCUGUAGGGUGUGUGGGAAAUACAUGUAACUGUAAUUUGGCUUACUGGCACUGAAUAAAGAUACUUUCCUGGAAUAAAAUUGUGCUUUAGUUGGUUGAAUUCAUCAUUUGGCAGUGCCACGGGUGAUUUGGUACACUUAAAAACUGGUGCACAUCCCUUCCGUCGUUAACAAGGAGAUGGAGAUGGCAGUGCUUGCUCCAAGUUACUGCAUUGGUUUAGGAGCCAUGCAGAUAAAUAUUCAGGAGGCAAUUGAACAUGUUCUCCUUCUGUCAGCUGCUUUCAUUUCUAGCAUUAAAGGAUGCUAGACAAGACAUAGAAAUCACUGUUCCAACUUAGCCAGCCAUGAAUCUCUGGCUUAACUCCGUCUUGCGCAUAGAGCCAAGUGAAGGGUGGUUAAAUGUUUUGGGUUAGUCAAUAUCUAUAAGCCUAGCCCUACCGCACAAGGUUGUUGUGAGACUAAAAUGGGGGACACCGCUUCUAAUAUUGGAUAGCUUUAGCAUACUCAAGAAUCAAAAGUUUUGUGUCUCUUUUGUAGGAAAUGUAUACAUUUCUGGGCAUUCCGCAGUUUUCCAUUUUGAGCUCUUGAUGCUGGAGGUAUACAAACUUUUGCAAACAAAGUGAUAAUUUAAAGAAAGCAUGAAAGCUUUUCACUAGCUUGAAUUGCAAAACUUGCUCACUGUUUUGUAAGAUAUUGUUUGGACCUAAUAAAGGUACUGCCCUGAUGUAGGUUUUUGGAUUUCCAACCACGCCCACUAUGGACCAACACAGCUAUUGGCUAUCACUUCCCCUCCCCUUGCCCCACUUUGUCACAGGGUGAAGGAGAUGCUAGACUAGUAAAAUCAGCCAAAUGGCAUUGCCAUGGGUAGUGGUGAGAGAAAGGGCAACCAUUCAAAACACAACCCACCCCCCUGCAUGAGAGUUGAGUUGUUCUUCAUCCAAUCCUUGGCUCUCUUAAUGACCCGGUUCCUCCUGAAAGAGAUCCGUUUCCUGUAACCAUUGUUCCCAGCAGCACGCUGUCACUCCUAGCAUUGUAGUGUGGUCAAGAGGCAGGCUGGGUUCAUUGUUCUCCAGCUGACCAUGAGAACUUCUGGGACUUGGUUUGCGUUAUACAGUAACUGAAUGGGAACUUAGAAGAUGGUUGCUAGAAACAUAAGCUUGUGGUUAAUGCAAUGUGGCAUAGAAGCCACUAUGCCCAUAGAAAUUCUAAGCUACCUAGCACAAUUCUCCCCUAAGGAGCUCAGGGUAGAGCACAUAUGCGAGGAGAUUUUGCUUCUAGCACUGCACCCUAUGGAAUAUCACUAUGAACGUUUUCCACCCUUUUUUCUACAAUAUAAUAUAAUUAUAAUAAUUUAUUAUUUUUACCCCGCCCAUCUAGCUGGGUUUCCCCAGCCACUCUGGGCGGCUUCCAACAAAAGAUUAAAUAUACAUUAAAAAAACCAGUCCUUAAAAACUUCCCUAAACAGGGCUGCUUUCAGAUGUCGUCUAAAUGUCAGAUAGUUGUUUAUUUCUUUGACAUCUGAUGGGAGGGCGUUCCACAGGGUGGGUGCCACUACCAAGAAGGCCCUCUGCCUGCUUCCCUGUAACUUUGCUUCUCGCAAUGAAGGAACUGCCAGAAGGCCCUUGGUGCUAGACCUAAGUGUCCGGGUUGAAUGAUGGGGGUGGAGACACUCCUUCAGGUAUACUGGGCCAAGGCCUUUUAGGGCUUUAAAUGUCAUCACCAACACUUUAAAUUGUGCUCAGAAAUGUACUGCGAGCCAAUGUAGAUCUUUCAAGACCGGUGUUAUAUGGUCCUGGCGGCUGCUCCCAAUCACCAGUCUAGCUGCCGCAUUCUGGAUUAGUUGUAGUUUCCGGGUCACCUUCAAAGGUAGCCCCAUGUAGAGCGCAUUGCACUAGUCCAAGCAGGAGAUAACUAGAGCAUGCACCACUAUGGUGAGACAGUCUGAGGGCAGGUAGGGUCUCAGCCUGCGUACCAGAUGGAGCUGGUAGACAACUGCCCUGAACACAGAAUUGACCUGCGCCUCCAUGGACAGCUGUGAGUCCAAAAUGUCUCCCAGGCUGUGCACCUGGUCCUUCAGGGGCACAGUUAUCCCAUUCAGGACCAGGGAGUCCUCCACACCCGCCUGUCCCCCCAAAACAGUACUUCUGUCUUGUCAGGAUUCAAACUCAAUAUAUGAAACAUCAUCCAUUGGUUCCCUCUGGUGUCUUAUAAAUACAUACAAUUUUGCCCAGACUUUUCUGGACCAAUAAGGUUAGACCUUGUCAUUACUGGAUUUUUGUUUUUAUACGACUGUCUAUGUUUGUAUCUCUGUUUUUAGGAUACUAUUUUAUUGUUUUUAUGUUGCAUUAUUGGACACCACUUAGAUGUUUUUAAAUACUGAGCAGUUUAGAGGUUCUCUUAAAUAAAAAGCAAAUAAAAAAGCUCAUGUGGUGUAGGAUAGGCUAAGAAAUAGUAGCUUUCCCAAGAUUAGUCAGUGAAGUUCAUGGCUAAAUUGGGAAUCCUGGAAGAGGUUCUCCACGCUCUUUCUUUCCUGGGGUGUUAGAUGUUGAAGUCUUAGAGUGAACCCUAUUGGAACAUUUCUGAAUCCUGCCAGGAUAUCCCAGACAGAUUUCUUUACCUGUCAGUGUCCAGCAAGCAAAAUGUUCUUAUAAAAGCAAAUCUGAAAUUGGCCUGCAGUCAAAAGAACUGGAAAACCAUGAAACUAUUUUUAACUUGUCUCUCCCUCGGAACAUAGUGCCUGAAAAUUACAUCUCCCAUUAUAGCCAGUGAACAAAUAAGAAUCAUAAUUGCCUAAUUCCCUCAUUUUCAGUUCCUUUGUUUCUUAUAGUACUGAACACUUCUAAGGAAACACUUUUUGACAUUUGCAUGUGACAGUUUGAAUGGAGGAACAGUAAUAACUAGCGACAAAGAAUGAAGUAUCUCAUAUCCUUCGAGAGGACACUGUGAGACAGAUGUAGUGCACAACUCAUUAUAUAAAAUGAUAAAAUUAGAUCACAGACAGAAGCAGUGUUUUAAAACCUGAAAAGAAAUGACCCUGUUACAAGUGUCUGCAUUUCAAAAGCAGCAAGUAACUUCUUUAGUGAAGGCUACAAGACGAUUCCACUUCUGUGUUGUUUUGCAGCAUCCCAGGAAAAUCAGCUGUCUUCUUCUGUUUUCCAUGUUAGUUUGCUUUAGCUGAUGCAAAUCGAUAAGCUUAUGCUUUUACAAGUUACCUUUUAAAAAAAGAAAAGAAUGAAAGAUAUUUCAGAUGUGUAGAUGUUAAAAGCAUGAGCAGUAUCACCCCAGGUAACUUUAGGACGCUGUUAUGGGUGACACCAACUUGACUCAACUAAAUUUUGGACGGCUAAUUUAGUUAGUGGUGCCAAAACCCAGUAGGCCAAGGGUGGGGAACUGCAGGACCAGGGGCCAAUUGUGGCCCUUCAAGUUUCUUUAGGACUUUUUGGUCUGGUGUAGUCCCAGAAGUCCAAUACGACAUGCCUUUUGGGUUCUCAUGCCUAGAGCUUUUGAAACAUCACUGAAAGGUCAAUCCAUGUAAUCAUGCCAAUGAGUUUCCUUUCUAACUUUCAGAAUCUCCCUAUUAUGAAAUUUGGGGCCAGUUCAGAUGUCACAAUCUUGGCCUGAUAAACCAUGUUUUGCUCAAAUGGGAAUGAGCCAUCCCCUGUAUACAUUCUCUCACCUGCUUGGGUGAUUGUCUUCAGAAGAGAUGUCUGGGUUUCUUAUACCAGAGUUCUCUGUGUCAUCCAAACCAGAAAGGGUGAUUGGCUCUUACCAAAGAACCAGAUAGGCUCUUACCAAACCAGGAGACAUAGCACCAAACAAUGAGGUGUCUUGGAUUUUGUGUGUGAAGUGUAUGGGCUUAAAAUGGACAGUAGUGUUCUUUCAAUUUAUUGAAAGUAGACAGCUGUUUUCUUCAUCUUCCAACCAGCAGGUUAGCUGAAGUCUACACACUCUUCUUUCUUCUUCUUUUCAUUGACAUUAUAGAAAUAAGAUUAAUAUGUUAGGGAAGAGAUGAUGUUAUACGUUGAGAGGGAUUCCACAUAAUGGGGGACAGUAUCAUCAUCAUCAGAUUUAUGUGCAUUGGACUGAAAAUCAACUUCCUGUGGAGAGAAAUGUGGGAAAGAUUUCACCCCAAAUAAAAGUUCUAAUUUUUCCAAAAUUGGCUCUUCUCCAUACAACAGUGUGGAUAUCUGUUUGCUCACCUUUCUGAACUCCAGUUUGGUUUUCAAGUUCUCAGUGUCAGGCAUGAGGUUGAACAGUUCCGUGUCCUGUAACAUCAUCUUAACACAGGUUUUGGCAUGUUUGUGGAACAAGAAUUCUUCGUGAUUUCACAUUACGGUUGCUUGCUUGCAGCAGUGUUUCUCUCCUUCCACAUCAGCCCAAUCUUCUGUGCCUCAUUCUCCCCAGCCUGGAGGAAAGCAAUUUCCUUUUAGGGAAUACAGUAGCACAAUCCUCUGUUUGUUGCUCAGAUUGUUCUUCGGAGAUCACAGUAGCAGUGUAGAGAUUAAAACCUCUCCCCUGAGUGUCUUGGUGCACCUGAGGUACACUUGAAUAGGCUUCUAAAUCAUUGCCUCUUUUGCUUUAGUCACUGUUUUGGUUUUAUGACUACAAUCCAGAGCAUGCCCGGGGACUUAGGUCCUCCCAGAAAGCACCUUACUUUAUUUUGAACAGCACACAUGCAUUGCUGGCUGUUUUUGAAACUUCCCUGUCUUGGGGACAACAUAGCAAGCUGCCUUCGACCUAGCAAAAUCAACAACUCUCAGGUCAAGACCAAAGCCCUGCUGAGAACAUGGAGCAAGUUACCCUGUUCUGGUAACUAAUGCACAAAGAGGCUUCUGGGAAGGGUGUCAGAAAGCCACAUAUCCCAUUCACCAACCUGUACAUCUGCUGUGUACUCUGGCCCAGCACAUCAUUGGAUGUGGGCACCUUAAACCCUGUUCAGGAGGUAGUAUACAUCUUUGUGGACGAGGCCUUCUCUCAGACAUGACUGGCACAUGAGUCAGCAUUUAAGGGGCCAUGUUCAGUAUCUAGAGAUAAGAAUGGAGAGGCCUCCUCUGCCACUCGGUCAGCAUUGCCUCAUGCAACUCCCACCUUCCUCAUCUGCCUGUACCAGCCUGAUGGCCUACUUGCUGCAUCAGGUCAGAAAGAAGGCAGCACUGGUACACUGGGCUGGAGCUGCCACUAAGUAUUUGUGCCUUCAAGUAUCUUUUAAGUUUGUUUUUUAAAGUGGUCCUGGGGAUAGCUCAGUCUGUUGAGCAUGAGGCUCUUAAGCUCAGGGUCGUGGGUUUUAGUGCCACGUUGGGCAAAAGAUCCCUGCAUUACAGGGGGUUGGAUUAGACCCCUCCCAUGGUCCCUUAUGACUGUACAAUUCUGUGAUCUAUAUUUUAUUAUGUCUACUUAGUUCCAAAUCUGUAGACUUUACUGCUAUUUUCUUAUGACUACUUUAUGUGAACUGCUUAGAGGUGUUUUUUUAAAAAAAAAAUAAGUGGCUUAUUCAUUUUGAUAGAUGAUGAUGAUAGAUAGGUGAUAGAUGAUAGGUGAUAGAUAGAUAGAUAGAUAGAUAGAUAGAUAGAUAGAUAGGUGAUAGAUCAUGACUGUCACACUGUAUGGCUGAGCACCCAAUAACCCAAUUUUCAGUCGCCUCUGAUGGUUGUUGACCAUCAACCAAACUUGGCUAAAGCAUUCUGCUGGCUCUCUUCCUGAGAUCAUCAUUUCUGAAUGAUGGUGCUGUUAUUGGCAAAGCAUAUUAUGUAACACUAAGCCAUCAUUUGCUCAUCGCUUGUUGAACAAACCAUGGUUAAAAGAACCUCAGAGACCAGACAAGCCAUGAUUUAUUUCUGCAAAGCUUUGUUUCCCACCUCCUGCUCUUGCCUCAUGCCUGUGUAGCUUGGCGUGUUCCACUGCACUUAAUGCAAGCCAUGGUUUCACAUGCAUCGGCCAAGCUAUGGCUUUAAAUAGUGGUUUGUUGCUACAAAAUAACCAGGGUUAGUAUGCUAGGCUGGAUUCAAAUGAAUGACACAGCAUUCUGUUUGAACUAGACCUAUAUUGCAAUGAUUAUUGAUCACCAGGAUCUGAGGGGCGGGGAGAGAUUAUUUGCUGGGUCAGUAGAAUUGCCAUGAGCGGUCUUAUUUCAUUUGCCUCUGUGGAACAAAUGCCUGACCUCUUUCCCUCUCCUUUUAGAUCAUACGUGUCCUUUGGUGGUACUACUUCUCAAAGCUCAUCGAGUUCAUGGAUACUUUCUUCUUUAUAUUACGGAAAAAUAACCACCAGAUCACCGUUCUUCACGUCUAUCACCAUGCAACAAUGCUUAACAUCUGGUGGUUUGUUAUGAACUGGGUGCCUUGUGGCCACUGUAAGUAUUCUUGUAAUUCAUGAUGAGAGACCUGUGUGUGUGUGCAUUUCCUGAAAGACUCCUUCUGUUUGAAGAGGGCGUGUUAAUGCACACCUUCACUUCUUGCGAAAACCAUCUCCUUGGUUGGAAAUGGGUAGGGUUGUGCUGGUUUGCCAGCAGCUUGUAACACCAACCUCCUCCUCAAAGCUGUGUCAGUUCUGUGUGUCUCCUUCUGUUCUUUCAGCUGUUAUCCAACUGCUCUUAGGGUUUUCUUAGCAAGCCAUCAACUUUGCAUACAAAAUUUCUAAUAACUUGAAGCCAAAGCUUUCAUCUAUCAAGCUCCUGGCCUUUUAAUUUGUUCUCUGGUCAAAUAUUACUUGCAAGCUUGCUCUGUGGUUGGCUGGCAAGCCGGAUUUGUUAAAGUACAAUGGGAAACUGGCACUCCAAAAGUCUUCAAAGAACAGUGCAUGGGAGCUGCCGUGGUUCCAUGUGAUCAUAACUAACCUCGGUAGAACUAUUUUACCUGCUUCCAGCCUGCUCUCUCUCUUUUAAAUAUAAUGUUUAUUAACUUUCCAUUUUAUAACAUUUAAAUACAUCCUUAUUUUUCCACAGUAAAUUUUUUGCUCUUAUGAGCUAUUCGACUUCCCUCCCACCCGCCUCAUGGUUACCAUAUUUCCUUUCUAUCUCAUAGCAUUUGUAUUUUUUCCUACUUAUCUUUCACCAAUUCAAUUGUCACAUAUUUAAAUCAAUACAGUGAUACCUCAGGUUACAUACGCUUCAGGUUACAGACUCCGCUAACCCAGAAGUAGUGCUUCAGGUUAAGAACUUUGCUUCAGGAUGAGAACAGAAAUUGUGCUCCAGCGGCAUGGCAGCAGCAGGAGGCCCCAUUGGCUAAAGUGGUGCUUCAGGUUAAGAACAGUUUUAGGUUAAGUUCGGACCUCCAGAACAAAUUAAGUACUUAACCCGAGGUACCACUGUAUAAGAAGGUAUGAAUCAUAAUCGUUACAAGCCUUUUAGAUCAUUCCUGCUAGUGUUGUUAAUUCUUUGCAAUUGUCCUUCAAACAUUGUACAAAUUUACCCCAGUCCUUUGAAAAGCUUGAUCAUGCUGGUUUCUAAUUUUCCCGGUCAGCUUCGCCAAUUCUGCAUAUUCCAUCAUCUUUGUCUGCCACUCUUUCCAUUUGGGGGCUAAAAGAGUCCUUGCUGCUGUAGUUAUAUACAUCAACAGUUUUUAUAUCUCUCUUUGGCAUUUCUUCACCUACUACAGUCAUACCUCUACUUAUGUAUCCCUCCGGAUACAUAAACUUCGGGUUGUGAACACGGCAAACCCGGAAGUGUAUACUUCUGGGUUUCACCCCGCACGCAUGCGCAGGAGCAGCACCUCUGGAUAUGGACUUUUCAGGUUGCAGACGGACUCCCAGAGCGAAUUAAGUUCGUAUCCAGAGGGUCCACUGUAAACCAAAUAGGAACGCUUCUGGUUUUUUAACAAACACACUCUCAGCCUGCUCUCUUUUUUUAUUGUAAUUAAUCUUUGCAUUUUAAAAAAAUGUGCCAGUUAAAUUGUAAGCCACGUUUGAGCAUUUCUUUUAAAGGAAAGGCAGGAGAAAAUGAAUUUGAAUGAACAACGACACUUGCAAACUGUACGGAGAAUAUGCAGAGCUGGCAAUCCAGUGUUUGUAGCUGCUGCAGCAACCCAUUGAAAGAAAGGGAUGAGGAAACAGUUGCUGCUUGCUGCACUUUGAUGCCCUUGGUGGCAUCAGUUCUUUGAUGAUGCACAUCUGGGUGUGAAUUCACAUUGGGGUACUCAUUCAGCUGCAAAGCAUCGGGUGCAGCAGCCUCUGCAUAUACGACCUGGUGCAGAUAGGGCUUCCUGUUUCCAUCUCUGCCUUACUAUGCGGAUGGAGUGAAUGUCCCUAACCUGAAGGCUGAAAGCAUGUUGUCGCAUGCAACUGGAUUCAGGAUCAGAGCCUGUGAAGGAGCUGGCAAUCUUGUUACCAUUCAUGUUGUUGUUUCAUCCUCUUAGUCGUGUUCGUGACCCCAUGAACCAGAGCAUGCUUUGGAAACACUCACUUUUUUCUCAAAGCUUCUCCUUUUUUAUAUCCAUGGAGUUUUCUUGGCAAAAUACUGGUUUGCCAGUUCCUUCUCCAGGUGGAUCACAUUUAGUCUAAACUCUCGGCUAUGACCUGUCCGUCUUGGGUGGCCCUGCACAUCAUAGCUCAUAGCUUCCUGGAGUUAUUCAAGCCCCUUUGUCACGACAAGGCAGUGAUCCAUGAAGGGGAUUACCAUUCAUAGCCCACCUCUUAAAAACGCACUCCAAGCCAGUCUUAGGAGGGGAGAGACAUUGCUCUUAAGGCAGUUAAACCCAAUUUGCAUGGCACAUCUGACUUUGGACAUCUGUGAUUCUCUCUCUCUCUCUCUCUCUCUCUCUAUAUAUAUAUAUAUAUAUAUCAUUGCCUUUGCAGUUUUGUGUUAAGUUUUUGAAAAGUUCAGCAGGUCAGAGGAAUUGAAAUGGGGCAGGGGGCGGGAAAUAAAUGAAUAAUGAAUUGUAAUAAAGGGAAUAUGUAAUAGAUAAAAGUAUGUUAUAUAUUGCAGAAGGAAAGGGCAGGAAUGGAAACACCAGGGAGGGAGGACGGGGAAGUCAACUUCUUCUUAUUAUUAUUAUUAAUUAAAUUUGUAUAAAAUUUAAAGUUAAAUUGUUAAAAAAACUUUGAAAAUCAAUAAAGAAAAGGAAAGUUCAGCAGGUCAGUUUAGUGGUUUAAACUUGCAACAAGAGUUCAAGCAUGUUUGCUAUAAGGCAUAUUGUUGCAAAAAAAAGUCAACUAGCAUCUCUUUCUAUGUUUGCAGCUUAUUUUGGUGCCACCCUUAACAGCUUUAUCCAUGUCCUCAUGUAUUCCUAUUAUGGGUUAUCGGCUGUUCCAUCCAUGCGUCCAUAUCUCUGGUGGAAGAAAUAUAUCACGCAGGGGCAGCUGGUGAGUAAAUGGUGCCUCUGUACAUUCUUUUUUCCUCAUAUGCUUAUGGUCACUGCUUAUUUUUAACUCAAGCUAGCAGAUAUUGUGUGGGAAGGAUCAAAUGCUCUUCGGCGAGGAACUAUGUGCUGUAGAUUGUUGGGUGACCUGUGCGUUACUCUAAUGGGGGACAUUUAGUUAUAUAAUGCCCCCUUCAGACUGGAGGUCAGAAUCUUUUUAAGAUGACGAAGCUGCAUAUAACAAAAGUAGAGAACCGCUUAUACCCUAGCUACUGCUUACAAACCUCUCACUACUUGUACACCAAGUCACUUGUAAGUCGAGCUUUACUAUGCUUUCCUAACCAUGGAGGAAUGGGAGCAAUACUCAGCUCUUUUCACUGUCUAACUCAACCCUACAAGAAACAGCUGCUUGUGAACUUAAGACCAGCCACAUGAUAUAUUUUUAAGCAGUAGAGAUUUCAGUAGCUUCCUUUGUUUUCAACGUGAGCUGCCUUAGGAAAGUGAUAGAUUUUGAGAUACGUAAGUAAACUUUUAGUCUUUCCUCCCCCUUUCAUAAUACAGUGGUACCUCGGGUUACAUACCCUUCAGGUUACAUACGCUUCAGGUUACAGAAUCCACUAACCCAGAAAUAGUACCUCGGGUUAAGAAGUUUGCUUCAGGGUGAGAACAGAAAUCGUGCUCCGGUGGCGCGGCGGCAGCAGGAGGCCCCAUUAGCUAAAGUGGUGCUUCAGGUUAAGAACAGUUUCAAGUUAAGAACGGACCUCAGGAACGAAUACUUAACCCGAGACACCACUGUAUCGCUAUGCUCUCUACUUGUGAAUACUUGACCUUAAUUGAAUGGCACAGCUAAGGGGCCACACUUGUACAGGGUGUGCAGUUUCUACCCAUCUCCCACUUGGAGAGCAAUGGGGUCUUCCAAGGGGCACAACCACCAAUCUCUUACAGCCAAGUACAAAAGGCAAUUUAAAAUCUCCACAUUCAUACCCAGCUAUACUGCUACAUAGGGAAUGGUUUCAAUGUACUCCUUUGUCUGUUUCCUUGUUCAUCCUUUCAUUAUUCUUUUUCUUUUUUACCUUUAACAGACUCAAUUUGUCCUGACAAUCUUCCAGACAAGCUGUGGGGUGGUCUAUCCUUGUCCAUUUCCCCUGGGAUGGCUGUACUUCCAGAUAGGCUACAUGAUCUCCCUAAUUAUCCUUUUCACAAAUUUCUAUAUUCAGGUAAAUUAAGAUUUAUUCCUCUUUUUUUGUUCUUUGUUUUUUGCAAAUGUCGAUGAAGAAAAUAACAACUAGAAAGUUUUUGUAUCAGAAUGCACUUCUAAAAAUUAGUGGACAGUUGGAUCCUUGCAGAAGACGUACUUGGUUAACUUCCCAGGACUACCACCAAUAGUCAAUUUUAUAAUUACUUUGGUGCUGUAAUGCAGCAGCAGGAAGCAUUCCCUGCCAACCGUAGGCAACAAAUGGAGAUGGGAACUUGCACUCUCUCUUAUGCAGUUGCUGCUGUGUGAGAGGAUUGGCCUUCUCUGCUGCCACUAGAAUCUUAUGUAAUAGAUACAAGGGGCAGUCAGUUCCUAUUGACUUGACUAACCCCCCAGCCCCCCAGUGUUGGUCCAAAAAGCAUUUCAAAUGAACAAAAUGGACUUUUCUGACAUGGAAAUGUGCUUGGCCUAGUGGCUGCAGCUACUUUGCAGUAUUUACACAGUGGUCCCUAUUCAGAGAAAGCCAUUAGCAUUUAAAUCCCAUUGGUGUUAGUUGCAACUAACUUUUCCCAUUGAUUUCAAUGGAACAUAGGCACAAGUGACUUAAACAGGAUUGGGACCAGUUGCUUGGUAUCAGGUCAGGUAUAACUUAAAGCAAUUUGUUUAAUGAAGGAAACUACUUUUUCCUGAGCUGUUUUGGAAAAGAAACAACUUGAAGACAUAUUCAACGGUCUUUGGUUCUAAUAGGAAAAGAGUAGCUAUACGUAGUGGCUAGAGAUACUAUAUAUAUUUGUUUUGUUUGGCUGUAAUGCUAAACAAGACUUCCCCAAACUGAUGUUCUGGACUACAACUGCCUUCAUCCCUGACAUUGGCCAUAUGAAAUGAAACCAUAGUUUAGUGUUGCAGAAAUGAGUUCAUGCGCUGCCCAAAUAUGGGGAGCUAGGAAACUUCCACAUCAGUUUUAGAUUAACCACAGCUUUCUGUGUUGUCUGAACUUAGCAGACUGGUUAAUCUUAACUAUGGUCAGUUGAAACCAAGCCAACUUCAAAUUAUAGGUUAAGAAACUGGCUUGUUUCAACAAACUGUAGUUGACAUUAACCAUAGUUUAGGGGCACAUAGGCAAGAGCCUUGGUUUCAUUCUUGCCUUACCUUUGGCCACUCUUCCUCCCACUAGUUUGCAAACAAACUGUAGUUUUCUGUUCCAUUUUAUAUGGGAAGUUGUGGUUUGUACAAACCAUACCUUGCUCCCAUACCAAGAUAUCAAACAGGGAUGUUAUGUUUUGUUUUUGAAUCUGAAUAGGGUGUAUGCUUCCUAGUCUUACGUCCAUACGAAGGGGCAAGAUGCUUGUUAAAUAACAAAAUGAAAUUGGCAAGUUUGCUGCAUUGUUGCUGUGUGGGGCGAAAGCUCACUACUGACCUAUGUGAUUUUUUUUUUUAGACUUACAACAAAAAGGCAGCGUCCAGAAGGAAAGAGUAUCAGAAUGGUUCCAUGGCUGCUGUGAACGGGUAUACAAAUAGCUUUUCUUCCCUUGAGAACAAUGUGAAGCAAAGAAAACAAAGGAAGGAUUGA